AUGGGUGGUGGCAGUAACUCUUUUGGCCCAGGCAACCACGAUGACGAUGAUGAUGACGGUGGCAACCCGUUCGUCCCCCCUCGUCGCCGAUCUCGGGACGGAGAGCAGACUAUGGAUCAGGGCAAUGGCUUUGGACACAAUCAAAAUGCUACCAGAUUAUUGAGGAGGAAGAUGCAAGGUAGAUCGUUUAAUCGCUCGAUCAUCGAGGAGGUUAUUGAAUCUGAAAAUUACGAAAACGAUUCGUUGGGUGGCCAGAGUCCGAAAGAGUGCGGUAGAUUUUAUUCCCCUGGUAUCAAGGACGCCGUAAGGAUGCUGAUGCGUCUGAUGGAUCUAGAUGACCACUGUUGCGAAAUGAAUGAGAAUCCUCAACGUUUCGCGCGGAAACUUCGGAAUAUCACCCGACAGUUUGAAUGCCCCAAGCGAACCAAAUUCUGCCCUUUCCGCUUUCUUGUUAAGGGUAACGGAUGCAUACCCAUGGGAAAAUAUUGCUCCGCGGUGCACGGAAAUCACUUUGACGAACCCUGGUCUCCUUGCCGAAAAAUGCCCAAAAAAGGAUUUAAGUACUGCAAACUUUUCAAUGCUGAGAUUCCUAAGGAGAUGCCGUGUUCUCAUCGUCCUGUAAUGAAGUGGAUGGCAAUGAACAACACCCGCAUUUCCGUCACAGGAAAGAAGUGUCGUAACGGCACAAGAUUCUACCUUUCGACGUUUUACUGCAGACCCAGGGGACAGGGCAUUGGAUUUGAAGAUCUAACUCGUCGAGCAUCCAAGUUUCUUUGCAACCCCUCCAAACGUCUUUGUGUCGGAUGCGGAGUUAGCUGCCGCUCGAAAGAGAGAGAGUGCCCUCGGAGAGCCAACAUGAGCAUGGCAAUUCGUGAAGCUGCGCUUAAUCUUGAGCCAAGUAAGUUGCCUUUUUUUUAAUCCCUUUAAGCCCCAAUAUCCAAAUGCAAAUUCUCCAGACUGACCUCCAUACAUUUCCUUAAAGAAUUGGUUGAGAGAAUAUGUUUGCUGAUCAAAGCUUUUCCCAUCAGAUGAUCAUUUCAUUAAUUCUCACAACAUCUUCUCUAGUUUAUAUACUGAUAUUGUUAGGAGAAAAUAGACUUUGGUCUCUCUUGGGACUUACAGGGUUAAAUUGGCCAUGUCCCCAGGAUAUUGCUGUUCUCGGACAAUUCUGUGCUGAAGUCAUUACUUGGUGCCUUAACCCGUACACAGCAUGCUCCUGUAGGAAACGAAUUUCAUAAGGGAGCACUCAACAUAAUAACUUUUUUGGUGGUCUUUGCAGGCAUUGCUUUAAAACUUGAAGACGGUGACCCAGCUUUUUCAAGUAUCAUCUACUUCCAUCCUUGCCAUCCUUUGCAACAGACAAAAGGAAUCAGUUUCAAUGCCUAAAUAUAGUCUGAAAUAACAAAACAGGAUCAUUAUUUGUGCAAUUCAAUUGAUGUGAAAAAGGUUUUUUCCUCAAAAAAAGACAGCAAAUAGAGUGACAUGGCUUCUUUCAACCAAGCACGUUUGUAUUACCCUGCUGUAUUACGGGUCGUUAUUUCCCAUGUUGCCACCAUAGUAAAUUCACUUUGUACUUUUGUCCACAGGCGUGAUCAGAGAUGAUGCUCUGCGUAACCUUUCCAAAGCAGGUAAAGUAAUGAUCUCAAUGUCGCUAGGGUUUUACAGCAAUAGUGUCAUGCGCAAAGAAGUUUAAACAGAAAUAAGGUGGAAUGAUGGGGCAGGGAGGGAAAUGCUCAGUCCCGCCUUUGAGAUACUGUAGUUAUUCGAUUAACCUCCCUGGGCGCUUUUUAUAUUAUUGGACCUUGAGAGUGGUCGCUUAUUCGACGCUGGACGCUUAUUAAAUUUUCACCAUUUUCAGCAAGUGUAGUAUGUUUAUUUCGCAAAAAAACUAUAAAUAGCAGUAACAAAACGCAAAGACGUAAGAAAGAAAGGUUUCUGUAAAAUACUCCGAAGAAAACUCCGUCUUCGGAGAAGCACUUAUUCAAUUUCAAUAAGUGGGAGGGGGAAGGGGUGGGUGGGCACUAAUUAACUUUUUCCGCCUUUAGCAUGGGUGCUUACUCAAGGUGGGUACCGAUUCGAGAUUGGGCGCUUAUUCGAAUAAAUACGGUAUGUGAAUUUUUUCUCCAAAGUUACUUUUUUACCAAUUUAAACGCCUAAUAGGAAGUUGGUUUCCAGAGAGGUCCUCAGACGUUUAUUCAGUGUUGGCAAGAGAGAAUUCAACAGUUGCCAUCAAAAUAUUCUGCACUGUUUGCUUUAAUUUAUUUGCGUUUGGACUUGGUGACAUUUCAAAUAAUCGAUAAAAAUGCGCGGAGGUCUCAAAAAUUAGACUUCCGUUUAAUAAAAACCUCUUAAAAUAAGAUUCACGUACUUCAGCCAACGCCCUAAGAUUUCCUCUCCGUUUUCCUUACUUUCCUAUUCUUUUGCCAUAUUUGUGGCAAUGCAGCGCAUCUAUAGCUUCAGUUAGUAAAUUUGAGUGUCGGAAUAGGUAGCUGUAUAAUACCAGUUAAAAGAGACCUUUUCGAAAUAAUUUGCAUGGGGCUAUUUGCUUUCUCUUAAAUAUUUACAUUGAUCGCUAUCAGGAUUGAAUGCGUUAAUCUACCUGCCAGCUAACAUCCUGUUCACAGACCCUCUAUUAUUACUCUUUUGUUCGAUCGUCAAGCGUGCGUGUGAGAGCCGCGGUGGAUUUAUUGACCGCUAGCCCAAGCGAAUGGGUGUGAGGAAAUGAAAAAAAAGAAAAAUAACGACAGUUAGGAAAACGUCACUUAACAAGUGAAUUCGCGCUACCUCAAACGUUAUCUCGUUUGUUCCAUUUAGUUUAAUUUGUCCAUUCGUUAUUUGGCAAACGUUGACAGAUUUUUCUGGAGUUGAGUUCUAGAAGACUGUAUCGAAGUUCAGGAAAAGGAAAAGAAAGUCGUUCUCUUGUGUUGUGUUGAAGGUAAUGAAAAAAUACAAGAAAGUGUGCCGCACGUGCAAAGUUGUUGUUUCGCUAAUCCAAUGCUACUGCUUCUUUGACUUUCAAUGACGUCGCCGUCGUCGUUGCUUAAACUCCCUUUUGUGAUCCAUAGGUUGGGCUCCGUUUUGCCUUCUUAGCAAAAACCUCCUCGCGCGCACUUUAGAUGGGCUUUUAAAGUGCUUUUCUCGUGAUGCACACUGUCGCCAAACCGGCCUCAAGAAACACCUCAACUGUAUGGCAGGCGAGGACUACUGUCAGAAACUCCACUCGUUUGCUCGUCGCUUCUCCACAAAGACUCAUGACAAUUGCCGUCUUCUGAGGACUAAUCCAGCCAAGUUUGAAGAGAAAAUAAAAGGAAAUUGGAGUGAGAAACCCUGGGGAGGAAAAUGCCAUCGUGGGCUUGUUUUUUGCCCGAUUACGAUGCGUUGUAUACGUAAAGAUAGCAUUUCCAACUGCAACGCGAAUGAAAAGUUUUGUCAAAAGGAUGAUGAGAGUAUCCCUUGGAAGAGGAAUCAUUCCCUGGAGGCAGGGGACAAAUUCUGCCACCGUUUCCUCAGGUAUGCAAGAGUUCUUUAGGCAUGCCUACUUUUAAAUGGUCGAUGAGCAUAAUAAACCGUAUAUUCUCGAUUAAACGGAGCCCUCGAAUAAAAGCCGCAUGUAAAAGGAAAAUUAUCAAUAAAGGCGGCACCCAAUCAGAACAGUGCGGCGUUUAUUUGAAGAUAUACGAAAACUUCUGUACAUCUUCGUAUUAAUCUGAGCAAAAAAAAAACAAAAACAAAAACAAAGCGAGUCAUUGGAACUCUCAUAAACAUCCUUCUGUGUACAUAAUACAUGUCAUUUAUCGUAGUGAUAAACUCUGCCGAUCAUUUGCGGUCGAUAGUGGGGAUCUUUUGCGGUCGACGAUCAUCUGUGGUCCAUUUUGGGGAUCAAUUGCGGUCUGGGGAUCAUUUGCGGUACUGUAUAGACCUUCCUGGCUCCAGUAGCAGUGACCUUGGCUCGUUUUGUCACUGAAUUCACCAAUUGUUUUCAUUUGUACCAACACCUUAGAAAAAGGGUAUUGAUGUUACAUCAUUGUACUCUAACUUAACCCUCUACUAGCCUGACACGUCUCUAUUAACACGGACAUUAGAGCAUUCAUCUUAGAGAGAUUUGACUAUUGUCUUAAAUUUAAAAAAAAAGCAACAUGAAAUAAAAAUACAAAUCACAACAAAAAUACCUUAAAGAGACUUGAAGGAAAACCUUGACAGGCUAAAAGUGCUCCUCAUUUCUUUAGAAAUGUCCGAGUAACUGAAUUUAUGACAGUGUGAGUUAAUUCAAUGAUAUAAGUUUUUGAUGUUUCUUUUCAGAUGGGUCUAUUACUAACUGUUACUUUUCACCCGCAGCCCUGCCCUUAACAGCUCCUGUUCUUUUGGUGUAUUGCUAAAUUGGCUGGAGCGGAAAAACAAAAGCUGCUCUCCUUUUGGUCACUGCUGUCCUAGUGGCAAGAAUUUCUCACUGUCGCGAAUGAGGUGUGUGGGUGACCCAAAAGACGGAUGGGACCAGAGACCGGAAUUUAACGAAACCAAGUGUGAAGAUGAUGAUCGUGUGUUUUGUCAUCGCCAGCAUGCUUGCCUUCCUAAACACUCCAACUGCACCAAACCGACAAGAUUCAACUUCUUCAAUGUCAGCCAGUUUGCCAACCGGUCAGGUAAGUGUCUUCUUGUCAUUAGAUAGUCCCUAAUAGGGUUAUUUAAAUCUCUCCAUCCCGACUUAAAUUUACUCUCAACCCCGUAAUCCCAAUGGCUAUUUUUGGUAUCCCCCAUGCCUUGCAUUCUUUCAAUCCCGAAUCUCGCUCCCCCCAUUUUGUAUGAAAAUCCCGAAUCCCGAAUUCCAAAAGUUCUUUGUUUUCCAAUAGCAUUGAAGACACUGAUUUUCUUAUACGAACAUUGUAUUGAAAAAUAUAAAGCUUUGGAACCUGUUAUUCACUGUUAUUUGAUAGUCCUUAAUAGGUUUGUUUAAUCCCUCCAUCCGGACUUAACUUUUCGCUCAAACCCGUAUUCUCGAUGGUUUUCAGCAUCCCGCAUCCCGCUCAUUCCCAACUAAGCCAACCAGGCCACAUACUUUUGACACAUGAUACUUUUUCCUUCAUGUAGGUUAUGCGGCCCUGUGCCAACUUCGGGUUACCUUUUCUGCAUGUUUGGAAAAUCGUCUGAGGAAGUGUAGACAGUUUCAGUCCCGACAGAAUGGUACUUGUCGCGCCAACAUCGAUUGCCCUGAAGAUAAGGAGUUCUGUCCUCGCAAAGUAAGGUGGGUAUGAUCUCUGAACAUCCAGCUUAUGUUGGUAUUAAUGAUCAAGAAAAGUGGAUAGGAUAACAUGAAGUGAAGGAGGUACAGUGAAAAGAAAGGGUAAGUCUUAGUUAUAAUAAGGCAAGAUGAAUUAAAAUGAGAUGAGUUGAAGUGAUGUAAUGUAAAGCAAACGGUAGGGAAUCAAAAGCCGAGUAAAACAAAGCAAAUUUAGUAAAAUUUGAUGACUAGCGGUUAGUUUACAUGGUCUAAAGGGAAUUGUUGUAAAACAACUUUAAGCGAAGUUGGAAAUAGCGUCUGAGGAUCAAGCGGGGAAAUUCCACACUGAUGACGAUUCAUUACCCAGAUUUGGGUAUAGUCCUUCCCAGAAAAACCAAUGAGAAGCACUACCCAGAUAUGGUUAGUGAUACGUCAUCAGUAUGGAAUUUCUCCGCUCGUUCCUCAGACGUCAUUUCGCGGGGAAACUACGUCGCCAAACGUCGCCUGUUUUCUCAAGCUACGUAGGAGGUAACCCUCAGUUGUUGUCAUUUUAGAUGCGUUCCAAGGGGAAACUGCACAAAGCAUCCAAAACCAAAGGAAUCGAGCCCACCAAGAACAACUUCAACCACAGCUACUACAGUUAGCCCGCAGUGCAAUCCCGGGGAACCUAAGCUACAAAUGUUGUGGGCGGGACAGUCCCUUAAAACACUGUUCACUCGCGAAAAACGUGUGGGUCUGUUGGCAGUUGGAGAUUUUGCCUCCGAGUUACAGUUUAAACGAGGCGAUGGUGGCUUGAUGAAAUACAAAGGAUGUAGACAGGAUGAGAUGCGAGUGGUUUCAACUGAUAGUGUAUUGAGGUAAGCCAUUGCUAUUGGUGCGCAUGAGUUGGUAUUCUCACUCCAUAGUAAGGUAGCCAUGUGUAAUAUAGGACUGUGUAAAAAGUGUUCAAAAAAUAAAGUGAUGGGAUUUGCAAUAGAUAUGAUGCUCGAUCUAAGCUGAUGUAGGUCUUAUCCAUAAAAGCAAAUACAGUGUGCCGAACCCAUUGUUAACAUAGCAUAAUAUCCAGAUAUCUGAAUGGAGCUUUUCCUGUGAAGAGAUUAACUGAAAGCGAACGACAAAAGCACUUUUUUGGAUCAACAAAGCUCUCCAGUAAACAGAACUCGCCAAUGUCGAGAUCGAGGCUAUAGAUAUGGCAACCAACCAGUCAGUCCAAGAUGGCGUCCAAACCGUGAAAUCGUAUGUCAUCCAGAACAAUAACCGCGGGACAUUGUAAAUCCCGCGGGAACAAGACUCGAAUAGUAGGCGUUCUCUUUUGUUGAUCGCAACAACACAUUAAUAAAGAUUAAAGCGGAUCAGUGCAAUUGUGGUUUUUGAAAACUUGUCAUGGAAAAAUUUAUCAAAGACGCCAUUUUCCAAUGUAAAUGACACAACAAGGACACUUUUUAAGAAACCACCAAGGGUGUAUGGGAAAUUUAAAUUUGCCCGCUUUCCUAAAUCAUUUCCGGCACCCGCAAUAGACCUUAUUCACAAUAACCGCCACCUUAAAGAGUGAAGGAUUAACGUAACGUGACGUGGUUUCUCAGGGGCCAAAAAAGUGAAGAAAAAAUGCCAAUUCCGAAGAAAUCGUGGUCGAGUUUGUUGCUCUAAACAACAGAAAAUGAAGAACUUUUCCACCGGCCCAUAAUUUGCUGUUAUCGUCAUUAAGAAGAAAUGCUCAUUUUUUGAAUUUGGUAACGACCGUAGAUGUCCUCACGGCAAACAAGAAUGACGUAAAUUUUGUCCAAACUCAAAAAUUGCAUUUUUUUGUGACUAUUAAAUUGCCAUUUCGUUUAGAUUGACCGCCAUUACUCGUGUUGACAAAUUUUUUCAUUUAUUUGCCCCAUGAAAUACCAUGUGACUUGGCUCAAACUCGUCCCCAGGUCUUCUUGGUUAACAGUUCGAUAAUCUGUCAAUUUUGCAGCACGAUUGACGUCAUCAAUUCAAUAUGGCGAAAUUCUUCCAAAUUUGGUCGACAAUAGCUGGUUCUGAUGAAUUAUGCGUGGGAUUUUAGCCAAUCAGAAACGGAGAAAUAUUUUGAAUGAAUAAUAAGGUUUAUUAUAACAAACCGACAAAAAACAAUAACACAAAGUGGUUCAAUUCCUUUUAAUAGACAAUCGCAAGCGAUCACUUCUGAAGAAUUUGAGACAAUUUUGCAUAGAAUGUGUUUUGGGAUUUUCAGUAAAAAAAGGUUCACAUCAGCUACCAGCCGUUCCUGUGUCUUCUUCGCCAUUUCCUGGACUUGCGCUUCCAAAAUUGUUUCUUUCGGCGAACCACUAGACGCUCGGCAGCUUCCUUGUCUAACUGAGCUUGCCUGCGAACAAAAAACCAUCUGCCUAAAUUAAACUUUGGUAACUUAACGUUCUGUCGCGCGAAUAAAACGAGGCAUUUUGUUUUGCUGCCAUGCCAUGGCGCCCCAAGUCUUUGUAUUCCACAAUAAGUAAGUUCAAAUGAGUAAAUUCGAAAAGCUGACAUUUCAAGCAGUAAAAGCCUUUAGUCAGAGCGAUUCGCUCUGACGAAGGUGCUGGCGCCGGGCGCUUGAAACGUCAUAUUAUUACGGCUGUGUUUUUCUCCCCCACCGUCGCAACAUCACAAUUUCUUAAGAAACUAGAUCCUUCAUUCAUUUCUAUGUCAACACACACGAGGAGCAAUACGAGGACGAGAUUUAACUUAACGUUUUAUCGCGAAUUCUCCAUAAAAAAUAUGCCCGGAAAGCUUGACGGAGGUUAAGCUCUUUACGAAUCGCAAAUAACCAAACCUCUAACCGUUGAUAACUUGUUUCCGCCAAUACAACAUUCUUGCUAAGACUCAGAGUAGAAUGACGACGGAUAUCACGUUUUCGCACUAAAAUGACGCAGGCUCACGCAUGCGCACUACUUAAUAGGGAGCUUACGAAUCGACGACUUUCGCACGACACCGCCGCUGGGUCACGUCAUAGUUCUGCGUUGCCGUCCUGUUGAAAUUUGAAUUUACAAUUCGUAGUAAAGACGACGACGCUGGUGCGGGCGGCAGGCAAAUUUUCCCGCCGUUUCUGAAGUUUGUUUUCUUCUUUUCACAAGUAAGCUUAAUUGUUCAACCAAAAUGUCUAAAUUCAGAAGAGAAACGAGAGCUCGUUUGCAGACGCUUAUGGAAACAGAUUUAUAAAGGACCGAGUAUUUCACUGUAUUUGUUUCGUCAACAAACUCAAAGUUAGCUACGGAUUUAGACAAGACAACAAAGGACGAAAGCAAGGCCCGUUCACAAACAGGGAGGGCAUUUGCAAACUUGCUGAACAGCUGUAGUUUAUGUGAUGAGAUAACCACUUGCAAUGGUCUAGUUGUAGCUUUGGUACCAACUUGCCGAUAUGGUUUCACUCGGUGUUAAAUUAUGUUUGUCUACCGCUAGCUAUAAUGUUGACUCUUCGGGUCGUUACUCCAAUGAAAACAGACAAACAAAUCGAAAACAUAUGUAAAGAACAUGUCCCUAAUGAGAUACCUGAAUUAUCUGGAAAAAUCCGCUGAAGUAUGUAGCGAAAACUUUGAAAAUUAGUCUCACGUCCUGCUUUUUCUAGGACGCCGGCGAAUAGCUGUCAACAACGGCGUCGACUUUAACGCGACGCCGGCAAGUGAUAUAAAGCAUGCUCAGUAAGCCUGUCACGCAGUCCAACGGCGUCGUCGUGCGAAAGUCGUCAAUUCGUAAGCUCCCCAGUAAUAGUAAUUAUAGGGAGCCUAAGCAGCAACAUUUUUGAGCGACGCACCUCAACCGAAAGUGAGCUUUUUUCUCUUUUGAUAUGCCGUGACGCUACCAAAUUUGUAUGGCUAAGUGUAUUUACUCUUACAGAGACAAUUUGCCCAAAAAGUUGGGAUCAGUUUAGUUAUCUGGGCAACCGAGCUCGAUACGAGUUUAUCGAGCUCGAUAUGUCAACCGGCCUCGAUUUGUCGAUACCGAGCUCGAGGCCUCUCACUUUUCCGGGGGGACAAAGUAAAAAUGGUUAUCGAGCUCCAUGACUUAUCGAGCUCCAUGACUUAUCGAGCUCGAUGACUUAUCGAGCUCGGUGACCUAUCGAGCUCGGUGACUUAUCGAGCUCGGUUUUUCAAGAGAAGAAAAAAGGGAAAAAAUGGAAAUUAAAGCAAUAAUAACCACAUGGAGUACAAAAUCUAAAAGGCCUUCUCGUUCUCAAUUUGUUACUGACAAAAAACAUUGUGUAGCUGGUAGAUUAAUGUUGUUUUGGUAUUUUAAAAAAAUAUUGACAAAAAAAACAUUCUUUUUUACCCUUUCUUCUUUUAUAUAUUUGGCGCGAGACUACCGUCCGUCAACGGCGCGUGAAUUGAACGAUUUAAUUUUGAAUUCGUGUUCAUUUGAAAAAAUUUUAAGAGCCUUGUUUUUCCCGCUUGAAUCUUUUGACUUCAUAGGUACGCAAUCAGCGAUUCAAUGCAUCAAAGAAAAUAUACAUUUUUUUGUCUCGUUUUUAUUUGUAAUGAAUUUUGCUUGAUUUUAUGCGAACAACAAACUGCACCUUGCAUGAGUCUAGUCUAGUCUAAUUAUUUUCGAAACAUCUUCACCGCUUUGGCUGUUGGUUUGAGUGGAGAAGCUAAAUUCCAAAAAUGCUAGAACGUUUUUCAUCAUUGCCGUCGAAUUUGGGUAUUUUGUACUUAGGAAAAAGAGACGAAAAACACAGAUAAACACGUCAUCAUGAUUAAAAAUCUUUAUUUACGCACGGGCGUGCGGAAAUAAAGAUUUAAUAGGACUUAUAUAUGACAAGCACGCGUGCCACGUUAUUAUGCCUUUUGUCAAUAUUUUUUUUAAAAUACAAAAUAUUUUUUGUAAAAGACUCUCCUCUAAAACAACAUUAAUCGACCAGCCACACAAUGUUUUUUGUCGGUAACGAAUUGAGAACGAGAAGGCGUUUUAGAUUUUGUACUCGAUGUGGUUAUUAUUGCUUCAAUUUCCAUUUUUUUCUCUUUUUUUCUUCUCUUGAAAAACCGAGCUCGAUAAGUCACCGAGCUCGAUAGGUCACCGAGCUCGAUAAGUCAUCGAGCUCGAUAAGUCAUCGAGCUCGAUAACCAUUUUAACUCUGUCCCCCCGGAAAAGUGAGAGGCCUCGAGCUCGGUAUCGACAAAUCGAGGCCGGUUGACAUAUCGAGCUCGAUAAACUCGUAUCGAGCUCGGUUGCCCAGGAAACUAAACUGAUCCAAAAGUUGUUCAAAAUCACGCAUCAAGAAUGCAAAAAGUGCACUUCCGGUUGACGAGUGCCACUCAAAAACGUCGCUGCUGAAACUCCCUAUUGAGUCGUCCUAGUCUUAGAUCUAAGGUCUUAGAUCUUUAUAAACUGUUUUGUAGCAUGCUCACCUUCGUCGUCUUUGCCGGAUGAUGCAAAUUGGGUAUGUUAGGAGCCGGUAACCAAUGUAGGCAAAUAAAUUCCAAAUAAGGCAAGCGAUCAUCGAACUGCACAUAUGUUGCCAAAAUGAUUCAUCACGGGGAAACAGUUUUUCUAUAAAAGAGAGUAAUAGAGUGCUAGAUUCUUAUAAGACGUUUCCUGCCCCAACUCUAAGCUUCGUGAUAUUUUCUCUCCCGCUACAACCGUUAAAUUAAAAUAUUAUGUAAAGUCUCAUUUUUACAGACUAAAAGCCUUUAGUAGUUUAAAGGCCUCCAAUUUCGUGUAUGUGAUAAGAUUUUUAAAAAUAAGCCCGAGUAACAUUUGCGUCUUUUAGUGUACAGUUCUACCUGAGCUCCGAUGCAAGAUAGCUUAUAUUCCCAGUUACCUUUUUUUGAAUUCGAAGCAACGCACAGCACAGCAGGGUCCCUUGAAGCGCUAAUUUCGUCAAAAAUGUUUGCCACUAGAAAAAUUGGACCAGUUCACAUAAUAGCCGAAUGAUGUAUGUAGUUCUUUUCACUGUUUCGUAGCCAUUGCGGUUAAAAAGAAAACCGUAAGACGAAAAGUUAAUUAGAACUCGAUGCGUCUGUAUUAAUAAAGGAGCGGCGGUACGCGGAAAGAGACGAUUACGUACGCAGACCUUUGGUCAAACCGAACCAUAAGUUUUGAUUGCGCGCCCAUAGCGAUUAUGUAACAGCUAUGGCAACUGAAAGCUUUGGUUGAUUUCCAAAAAUUACACAAACUUUGUUCAAAUAUCAUGUUUAGAGUGAUUUCUUCCUUUAAGGAAUAUUUUACAUGCUACAAGUUAACUGAAAAAAAAAAAGAAUAGUUUGUAAAGAAACAACGUGUUUAAAAAUGAAAGGCCAAUUAUUUCUUAAAUUUUCCACCUAGUAACCCAGUGAAUUGUGCAAUAAAAUACUAAAUAUAUCUCACCAUCUUGUUCACAUGCAAACAGCAGAAGACGUGCCUCCAAGUAUAUUGCCAGCGCAAUGAGUAAAAAUAGUGCUUUUCUGUUCAUGAAGAAGCCGAUUCCUUCUCUUGCUAACUUACAUCCCGCGUAGAUCCGCGCAAAAAAAACAAAUUGCGAAAUGUAUUUAUGACGUUAAAAUAACUCUUAAUGACGCAACGCACGCGCGCAAUUAGUUUCUGGCGAGCAAUAGCGGGGCAGCAUACUAUUCUUUAUAUAGCGGAAAAAGGUCCUAAUCAUACACAGCUGCUUGGUUUGGUAUUAACUAAAACAUUCACAAUGUCUUUCGUAUAACCUCAAUUUUUAAAUAUUUCCAAGGGAGGAACUCCACUGUUGUUCAUUUUUUGGUGAGCUUCAGGGGACAACAAAACGUUUUUAUGGCGGGAAAGUACGAACCUUUGUCGGAUUUGGUUGCGUGUUUAUGAUUAUCCACGACGUAUAUCUGCGUUUUUUACUUCAUACAGCUAACACCCUUGCCCAACACCGACUUUCUGGUCGAACGGAAGGUAUUUUCCUUUUACCAUUGCAGAAUAAUAAAAUUGAACUCCAAUAUGCAACUUUAAGCUCAACUGGCAAGGAAUUCAUUAUUUGCCAAAUGCUUUGCGUCAUCGGUCGAACGACAUUUUGUUCUUAUGAUUUAGCGUUCUAAAUAAGCAAAAAGAAGUUGCUAGAAGUAUUUUCUCUUAUUACUAGUAACAUCUCCCAGUUCCAACGUGAGCACUCACUGUCACAACGACAGUUGUAGUCAGUAUAAAUAUUUUGGGGCUAAAAAACACAACCGUAAGACUUCCUUGUAUUUUUGCGAGCAAGCACUUCGCCAGUCCAUUAAAAAGAUUGAGAGAAAUGUCAGUUAAGGGCAGUGUUGGAUAAGAUCUUUUGCUCUUGUUUACAGUCGUUCGGUCCGGUCCCUUCUACAUAAAUCAACAAACGCGGGGUGGUACUUACUUUGUCUUAUUUUUGUCUAGCCUAAGUGCUUUAUGUUCCAACAUCAGGCAACUGUCCCACUACUCUUUAAUUUACUUUUUUGUCGCCAGCGUUCAGUCUAAGUACUGCUUGUAUAAAGUCUUGUCGUCAUAGGACACAGAUGUUCCUAGUCGAGAUGUACUGGAAUGAGUCUCCCCCACCCAUUCCCACUUGUGACACUUGUGAUAUUAGAAACCAGGAAUGGUCAUUGCCAGGGACUGUAGCGUCCCUUGAUGUUUUUAAGAUUCAGAUAACUUAAGUGUUGUGAUCCAAAAAGAGUUGAAAGUCUAAUCGCGUUGUUUGCGGAUGUUAGAGCAUACUCAUCAACCCGUUUUAGCCUUUUCACUGCCAAAAAGACACCAAAGUCAAAAUUCAACAAAAUUUAUCAAUUCUUUUCUGCAAAAUUCUGAAAAAUAAACAGUACACAGUGAAAGUACUGUCAAAAUGGCUUCAUUUGAAUGGUCACACAAUAGGAUUUUAUCUACAGAAUAAAAAGUUAUAGCCACUUUUCGAGACUCAGGCAUCAUGCGCUCUGGUGGAAAGGUUUUCUGGCCGUAGUCUCGUACCCAACCAAUUGAACUGACCUGUAUUUUUCAUUCCAAAGGCUCUCAUCUUGUGCCCAUGGUUUCGUGUCUUUUGACUUAAUAUCUGCCCCUGACGGUACUGCGCAUGGACAGUGCGUGAACAUACCUGGCCGACGUCAAAUUAGGAAAACAGUUGGAAUGGCCUUGCCACCUUCUCUACGCCAUUGUGCCAGAGGUCUUGACAUCACUGUGACUGAGCAUUUCAUCUCCAUUCGAGAAGAUCACCCACCUGUGGAGAAAAUGGUAAUGUUUUUGUCUUUUCUACUGUUUAAGGGGACAGAAACUGUAACAGCUGGUAUCCUGACCAGCGGGUUUUCCCCUUGUUUUGUUAGGAGCAUGCGCACGGGGCCUAGUCACUGGCGUGCACCUCAAGUUUUCUUUAAGUUUUUCAAGUGUUUUUGUAAGCCGUUUGUUUAAGUUUUUCUCUCGUUAUGGAUUUCUUUUGUCGUAGCUAAUGGAUAUGUGUGAUGAUCGUUUCGUAAGAUACUUGUGGGUUAUACAGCCUCGUGUAUGAUUAUUCAUCCGCCCCCGCAGUGUCUUUUCAAUCUUUUGUAUUACGUCAAUUGGUGAUUACACACGCCCUCAACACCACGAAACUACCGAAAAUCACUUCUCUAAGAGUAAAGACAUAACAAUGCAAAUGUGGCCAGUUGUUCCCUCUCCAUUCUAUGGCAAUGGCAAUGAGUGAAAGUGCUUUUGUUCUCUGCAGUUCUCUAGCUACGUUAACGUUACCAAGAAACCUAUGAACUGCACUCAUUUAAGACUUCAGGAUUCUCUAUUUUGUCGAAUCCCUGGCAAGUUUAAAGACAAAAUGAAGGAGGCUAUGGACUGGUUUGAAAGGAGAGAGAUUGGAAUGGUCAUAACCAAGACAGAUCCCUCGGCACGUGGUAAGUAGCGUGUGGAUAAGUCUUAUUUUUUGUAUCGUCACGCAGCGCUCCUCCCCCAGGUUGUUAGAGCACUCUUCCGUGGUUAAAGCACUCGCCGCCCACCAAUAUGCCUUGGGUUCGAAUCGAGGCAUCGACUAGUUUGAGUUAGCUGUUGGUUCUCUCCCUUGCUCCAUGUAAAUUUCCUCAGGGUACUCUGGUUUUACUCUCCUUAAAAAAAAAUGUGUCAUUUCUUUCCGGAAGAAUAUGUUUUGGAUGCGCUUUAUUUAUUUAUUUAUUUGUUUGUUUUAAAAUAAAAUUCAGAUACAACGCUCACUCUGAAUAGUUGAAAAAGCGUUCUUUAUGAGGGUAUAAACACGGAGCUAUGGCUGUCACGCCAUUUACCAAUAGUUGUUUUGAGAAUUAGAAAGAAAUGUAAUAAAAGAAGCCUUGACUUUGCUCUUUUCUGUUGUAAAGUACUUAGGAAGCGGCUGGAGCACUUAAGACGUGGGGAGAAACACUCGAACAAGUCUUGUGUUUCCCAUACGCCUUCUUUCAGGCUUUAGAACAGAGUACAGUCACUACUUUAUUUGUUAAAUUUAUUUAGUGAUGGAAUCUACACUUCAGCUAUUAUGGAGAUCUAAUGCUAUUUUGUUUAGAAAUCGCGUUUCUCUUUAAAGGGGUUGCUCAAUAGGUGUAAUUACGUUUUUAUUGAAAUUUAUUUCCUCCUCAGUCACGUUGAAAUGUCGCACGUCACAGCGCAGUCUGGCAGUUGUGAACAUGAGACGGUUCUUUACCCCGCGCGCAAUGUGCAUUGUUAGCCCAUCACAGAAUGUUGUUGGCCGUUUGAAUAUCACCCUUGUACCAGCGUGCAAGGCUCCUACUUUUCAGCACGCCUUCUUCGACAGGGUAAGUUAAGUCGUCCUGCUGGAAACAGGGAUAUCGCAACAUUUAUCUCUUUUCGUUUGUAAGAAAGCUUUAACAAUCAACAUUUGGGGGGGUGGGGUGGGCCGUAUUAGACUCAGUCAAGGAUGUGUUCUUGAACUGUUACGAAUGUUUAGCAGAGUACUUGUUCACAUCCAACAGAGGUGGAAGGAAGGAAGCUAGAAGGCUGCGACUCAUCCGAGGCUUGUGACGACCUAACGAUAAUGAUGGGGGUUAACGAACAAGUCAAAUACAAGUUAAAGAACAGAAAAACAACUGAAUGAAUGAAUUGGAACAACUGAACAAUACUGUACGAGAACUAAAGCGGCAGAUCCCCAGCGGGCAGGAUAGGCUUAUCUUGCUCGGUUGGGUAUAUUUAGCCAAUCAGAACACAAGAUUCCAUUCAUCUUACCCGCUUGCGGAUUUAGUCAUUAAAUAAACAUGCACAACCCAGUUCACAAUGACUUAGUGCGUAGCUUAUAGAAACUUUUUCACGGGAGCUUGUACCCCAGUAGCAGUGGGGUACAGUAGCAAGUUUGAACACGUUUUAUGACAACGCUAUCUCUUUAUCGUUUUGAAACUAUAGGGGACCAUAGAAAACUACGCGCUUUUGAAAUGUUUAUCCGCCCAUUUAGGGUCAAGUGCAGUGAUGUGAUUAAACUAGACGUCUGAAAACAUUAUUUGUAGGUUUUUAGAUUUCCUAUGUUUUGUUCUGUUAGAGGGAAGAGUGUUUUGUGCCUGGUGGAGGCAAGUGCAUUUAUGGAGGACGAGAAGCCAAGUUGAAAUUGGCAAUAAGACCAGUGAACGAUCGCCCAGUACUCAACGUAAAGAACUCAAUUGCUCAAUUUCCUCCAGUUCCGGAGAAUGUGAGCGACAUAGAGGGAAAAACCAUAAAGGUGUCCACCUUUACCAAGUCAAGUCAAGGACUCAUAGAUAAGUACAUCCGGGAGAAUAAAGGAGAUGAAUUAUUCAAUAAAAUGGAAGCUGGAGAGGCUCUCGCCAAUAGAAACAACCCUCCUCUUGUGGAGGAUAUUGACAAUGGAGGCGUGGGGCUGGCUAUCACAGAGGCGCCCGUGCAGAAGUACGGCAAGUGGCAGUAUAAAACCAAUGAUGGUGUCUUCAGAGACAUUAAUAUUGCUCCAGGGGUGGUGCUUCUGGUAAAGCCAAAUGACAGGAUCAGGUUUAAAGCUAACGAAGGUACUUGUGUGUUUAGUUCAAAGAAAAAAAAAUGAGCGCUUAUGGCUCAGAAUUUGAGGUUACGCGAAGAUGUAAUAUUUGCUAAAUGCUUCACGAAAAUUCCAUGACAAAAUCGAAGCCUUAACAGUCAACGUAUGAGGUGAAUUGCCACCCUCAACUUUAGGAGGUUGGAGAACGCGAAAUCAGUGAAGCACUUCUCACCUGUAUAUACUCUUUUUUGUCACGCGUUUACCAUAUAGUGUCCCCGCAGACGUCCUUUGGGGUUCGUUUGUCACGUGACGUAUUCAUUCCCCCCACCCCCCUUACGUGGGGGAGAAUGAAUACGUGACAAACGAACCCCAAAGGACGUUUGUAGGGAGGCUAUUUACUAUAGUGAUUUGAUUUUGCACCCUUGUUCCAAUAAGCGCCUCCUCUCUAAUGAGCACCCCACCUCAAAUAUGUUUUUGUUAACAUGAGCCACUAUUCCCAGUGCUCGUUCGCGUAACGUUGGUUACUUUCUUUGGAGCUCGCUUCUUUCGGGCCCAAGAGACCACUAUUCACCACUAUCCCGUCCCCUGGGGGUACUCCGGAUUUCAAGUGACGGGGAUGUCUGAUGAUGGAAGGAUUGUUUUGGGUUUGAAAAUUUCGAUUCCGGGAUUUUAAUUUUUAUGGGUAGGAAGAUUUGGCAAGUAUUUUUUGGGGGUUGACUUGAUUUAAGUAGGGAUUUUUGGAAGUUAGUUUUUGCCCUCAUUCGGCAAUCUCCGUCAAUUAAAAUCCGGAGUACCACCCUCCCGCUGGGAUCGCGUAUGGUGAAUAAUCGUUAAAAAUUCGGAAAAGCAACUGCAGCAAUGAUUCUCACGUGAAAUAACCAAGAAGAAAGGUGGGGCGGUGGUGGUGGAAAGGGUUCUACAACUUUUUUUUUCGUUUCUUUCGGGAUUUAGUAACGGCAACAUUUUUUGAAGUUACUUCCGAGCUAGAGGGGCCUCUGCUCUUGGAAUUUUACGGUACUAUCCCCUGACCUUUCAAGCCUUGCUACCUGGCAUCAUUUGGCCACAAACUUGCAGAACGGUACUGUAUAAUAAUCCUAUAUGAAGCGCCUACCAUCGGAAGUAAUCUAUAAUACGCCGCUGAGCAACGGAAUCUUGUGUAAUAAAAGGUCUACUGGUGCAUCCCGAAGAAUUUGUUUUAACUGCUCACACCCACGGUUUUCUUUGCUACGAAAGCAUGUCUAUAGUUAAGCUGUACAUCUUAUCCGUCUCAGUCUUUCAUGUUUUGUGUGAUUAUUUUUAUGUUUCACUCCAUUUGGUGGCUCUUCCUGCUGUUUGAAAUUUGUUAAAUUUCGUGACACAGAUCCUUUAAAUCCGAUGAAAGACUUAUUUGUUUCUGCUCUAUAGGCAUAUCCUGGGGGAAAGAUGAGUCACGUGAAAAGACCUUCUUCAAGUUUCGAGCUUGGGACGGUUCUGACAACAGAACAUCUGGAUUGAACGCAUUAAAUGACAGCUUAAUGAACUCUGACACCGCUUACUCUCUUCAGUCGGCCAAAUGUAUCGUGUUAAAGAUGGGCUGUGAUAAAGUAGCUGGAUCGAACCUGGAAAGAGACAAAUGCGGGGUGUGCAGGAGAGAUAGGAGGAAUAAGUGUGUGGGGUGUGAUGGCCAAGCUUAUUCCAAUAAAAGAUGGGGUGAGGUUUUGAAUUCUAUUUUCCAUUAUCAUAUUCUAGUAUACAGGCUUAGCCAAGGCCAAAAGCGGAGCUCUCAAAGGAUAUUUUAAGCAAUGUCUUCUAGAAGUAGUUCCACUUUUGUCAUAAACGGAGUUUGAUUCCGCUUGCGCGCAUCACAACAUUAUUGCGAAAACCGCUCAGAGAUGGCCUACAAGAACCCAGUUGGGAAUCAAUAAUAAAAACACAUUUUAUGGUUGUAACAAAAUGAAGCGGAACUGAGAUAAUAGGGUUUUUAAGGAAGUCGGUAGGGCGACCUCUACUACGGCGGCCGAAAGUAAAAGAGCUCAAAAAUGACUUACUGCGCAUGCUUGGAAAUGACCUCUCGCCGUAGCGCCAAAUCCUACAAUGUGGAGACCUGUCUUGUGGCAUAGUCACUGGUACUUGAGUAAAAAAGUCAACUUUUCUUCUAUUUUAUGCCAUCACUGGUUUUAAAACCAAUCGUUGAUUGUUUCUCACUUUAUCAAGAAAGUAUUUGACACUUCUGGUUUUCAAGUAAUUACGCCUUCCCUGCGUUUUAGUAACAGCAAAAGUAAAUGAGCGAGAAACCCCGUAGUCACUGUUAGGGCACCGCUAACUAAAAGUUGAAAUUUGCGGGCUACGGUGACGAACUCUCUUCUGAGGAUUCUGCAUUCAUGACCGCCGUAGUAGAGGUCGGCAAGUACCUAACUAUUGUACCGCUAUGUCAUUUUAAAUCUAAAGUUUACAAUAACUGAGCGAAUCCUCGCGUGCUGAUUGGUCGUGCUGAUUACGGGUAAAUGUAUGUGCAGUUCGGUUAAUAACUAAAUUAUUUUUUUGUAAUUUAAAUUACAUUCUCAAAGUCAAACUCCUUGGUUAAUAUGUUUAUCAUAAUUUAACUGUAACCCACAGAGAAAACACCUGCUUGGUCUUGCUUGGCUAAACAGUUUCUUGUAUUUUGGGUAUAAAAAUGGCAAAUUUCUGCCAGGAGGUUCUUAUAAUUCACUAGGUUUCAAUACGCGGUUUUUUUUACUAUAUUACAACACUUGACUGAUCUUGCCUUAUUCAUCUUGUUCCAGAUGAGUGCGGCAAUUGUACGUUGCGAGGAGCAGGACCCAUCUUCUGUUCUAACAGCUGUUUAAUUCCGUCGUUCAGAGAUGAAUGCGGAAUUUGUCGAAUCAAUGACAGUACGCCCAGUGUUAGGCACUGCAAUGGAGACUGCAAUGCUGUUCCGGUGAGUUUGUAGUAACAUAUGCCGCAUAAAUCACAGCACACUUUACAAUGAGCCCCCCGUUUAAGGAAAAUAAAGUUAUUACUCCCCCUUCCAUACCCCUUAUUCUUCACAAUUUAAUUAUAAAUGAUACACUGCAUUCAAAUGAAUUCACCAUUUUCACAUAGAGCAUAUUGCACCUUGUUUACCCCCCAAAAUUUUACAUAACCAUGCGAAAAUGCAGAAUAAACCACUGUGCUGGAAGUUCAGAUUACAUUUAUCUUCUUCUGCACGACCUUAACUUUAAGCUUUUCCACUUUGCGUUCUGUUUCUUUAUGGAGAGUUGAUACCAUCCUCUGGUUGUUUGAAAAAGCAGUGUGGUACCCCGCAUCGCUAAAUAAAAUAAUUCUACCGGUCCCAUCUCAAAUAGGCCCCCUCUCUAUCAAGCUCUCUCCCUCCUUCCCAUCCAAGGUGAUUUAAAUUAAUAAGCCUCUGUGGGCUUAAUUUAUGAACAGACACUCUUCUUCACUUUGGUCGCAUUUACGUGUUGUUUUCUGAUCGACAGUCUGAGUGCGAUAGUAGUGUUUGUGUCGGUGGAAAUACUGGAAAAUUCCUUAACUGGGGAAAGGACCUCUGUGGAGUCUGCGGAGGGAACAACAAGUGUGUUGACUGUGCUGGAGUAGUGAGAGGCAAAAACGAAACAGACUCGUGUGGUGAAUGCUUGGAUCCGAAACUUGACCGGCUGCAGUUUAACAAAUGCCCGAAAAUCCUCGAUGUUGAUGUGAAAGCGAUUACUGGUGACGAAUCUACACCAAUGUGCCUGACUAUAGCGGCGCCGAAGAAAAUAAUCGAAUGUUAUCUUCAAAGAGAAAAUGAAAGGUGCUUUGUUAUAGUCCGUUUAAAAAAGAAAUUCCAACUUUAAAUUCGCUUCACCAUUUAUUCAACAUCGGCUCAAUUUUUAAAAAUUCUCUUUUCUCCUCAAGGUUGUAUUGUGUUAAAAUUAAUUCACAUGUAGAAUGGACGCAUGGGCACUUAAACUUUGAGCUUUAGCAGAGUUCCAUUGUCGCAUAGUUUUUACGAGUGUAAAAUAAAUGGAGACAAUAGAGAAAUUUAAACAAAGGCGACAAACGUACGCACGUAAGCGUAAAAGUAAAACCUCGCGCAACUUCACGUUUAAUCUCAACACUUAAUAUCCUGCCUCUAUUUUAUUAACGUGAUUAAAAUUUACGUGCGUUAACGUGCGUAGCUAAAAACGCGUCAGUGGAAAUUAACCUUAAGGGUUGAUUUCCACCUUCCCGUAAUUAUAAACGUGAAAUACGCACGUAAAUAAAAUAGAGAAGUAUCGCGCGUAAACGUGAAAGUUGUGCGAAGUUUAACUUCACGUCUACGCACGACCAUCCUAUAUUGCCUCUGUUUCAAUUUUACGCGCGUACGCACGUAAAAAUUACGCGACAGUGGAAAUCCACUCUAAGAGUUGACUUACAGUGUCGCGUAAUUUUACGUGCGUACGUGCGUAAAAUUUAAGUUCACAAAUAAAAUAGAGACAAAGUAUAAAAGGUCGCUCGUAAUCGUAAAAGUUGAACCUCGCUCAACUUCUCGUUUAAGCUCAGCACUUUUUAUCUUGCCUCUAUUUCAUUUAUGUGAUUAAUAUUUACCUGCGUUAGCGUGCGUGCCAAAAACGCGUGACUGGAAAUCAACCUUGAGAGAGCUAGCGCGUAAACGUGAAAGUUGAACAAAGGCCAACUCUGACGUUUACGCGUGACCUUUCAAAAUUGCCUCUAUUCUAUUUACACGUGAAACUGAAGGUGCGUACGCACGUACAUGUAAGAGUUACACGACAGUAGAUAACCACCCUAAAGGUUGAUUUGCACUCAGUGACGCGUUUUUGACUACACACGAUAACGGAAGUAAAUUUAAAUCACGUAAAAAAAAUAGAGGCAAGAUAAAAAGUGCUGAGCUUAAACGAGAAGUUGAGCGAGGUUCAACUUUUACGCUUACGAGCGACCUUUCGUGCAUUGCUUCUAUUUUAUUUGCGAACGUAAAUUUUACGCACGUACGCACGUAAAAAUUACGCGACAGUGGAAAUCAACCCUAAGGAAAAGUAGCGCGUAAAGCUAAGCGAUGUUCUACUUUUAAGUUUAAGGGCUCCCCGGUAGAAAAAUAUAAGAAUUAGAAUAAGUUAAAAGUUAAAUCAGCAAAGUGCGUUUUCGCGCUUAAUUUCCUCAAGUGUCCUAAGAUGUUUUGACCAGGGUUGUAGAAUUAAAGUUGGGAAGACCUUUACAUGAGGUAUGACAAACUUUACUAAAUUAUCCCAAAAUAAGACUAGUUGAUGAAAUUUCAUCUUUUUGCCCCUGUUUUUUGCAGAAAAUACCCUCUGAUAUUUGGUAAGGCUCGUGCUAAAGGAAAUAAGAAGUCGAAAGUGUUCUUUUUCACGUCAACUGGGAUGCCAUCCGGAAAAUAUGCAUUAAACUGUACACUGAACGGUGCUUUAAAUGAGAUUACAUUCAGGCGGAAGAUUUUGGUUUAUAACAAGCCUAGAAUCCUGUUCGUUACUCCUAACGAAACCUUGAUCAGCAAUGCAACAACGGUUACAUUAACUGGGACUGGGUUCGUGAACACUUCGAAUUUGAUGUGCAUUUUAUUUAUGGCGAAUGGAAAAUCUGAAAAGCUGGACGCUAUUUUUGCAAGCGAUAUAUCCAUAGUUUGCUCGCUGACGUCCGAUUUGUCCCCCUCAACACGCCAUGAUUAGCGUUAUGUUUGACCCAAAUGCUGUAGAACAAGCGAAGUCAAUAGCAAAGAAGUUGAGCAUUUACGACCUUGUUCCCGAGCCUACAAAAUGCGUCUUCAGCGAAAAGCGCAACUAUCUCUACUGCAUGUUUAACAGACCGGUGGACUGUGGUGGUAACGCAUGGAAGAACAGUUCUAGUUUUUUCACUGCAGCUGCAUUUUGGAAGCUCUCAUUGAGCGGAAAUUCCAAAUGUCGUUGUCGAAAAGGAAGGCUCCUGGUUCAGCUUCUACCCGACUCCUCCCUCCGUCCUGGACAAACCCUCCGUAUUCGACUAAGAUAUAUCAAUCGUCAAGGAUCUGCCUUCACGAAGCACUCUUCCUCUGAUGAGGAGAGGCAGGUUAAUGUGGAAGAUUCUCCAAACGCUGCUGAACUUGAAGUAAAGCUGUCAGCUCCUGGGGAAAUAGGUUUGUAAACGACAGUACCUUAAGAGCCUGGGCCGAGUUGUUCAAAGCUGGUUUAAGAUAACCGUUAGUUUGAGAUUUGAAUUCAGAUUUGAACGCUGAAAAAGCUUUUCAGUAUUAAUUCUUUUUGUCUACAAGUUGAUGAUUGGAAGCUCUAAAAAUAACGGAGAAUAUUAUCUGAGAAAAUGCUUUUGAACACAAGAAAAAGAAACCAGGGUUAAAUUUAACCCCAGGUUAAUCCCUAAUCGGCCUUUGAACAACUGGGCCCUGGUUAAAGCCUGGUUUUCUCGGUUUUGCGCAUUUGUGAAAAUGUGGUUUAACAAGGCUUUUGGCGCACGGGUGAUCACGCUGGUACGAGUGCUCUAUUUUUAAUUGAUUUAGGAUCGUAAAUAGGUCCUUUUGCAGCUGGUCAGUAGGAAGCUUAAGCAACGACGACGGCGACGGCAACGAAAACGGCAACAAAGGAAUAUGUUUAGAUUAGCAAAACAACAACUUCGCACGCGCAUAACGCUUUUUUGUAUAUUUCUUUGCCGUCUUUGCACGACUACAUCGUGAAUAUGCCUAAUUUCACGUUUUGUGGAAAACGUGAACUCAAAACAACGAUAUUCUUUUUCUUUUCCUGGGCCGGGUUGUUCGAAGUUGGGUUAAGGUAACCCAGGGUUAGAGCGAAAUUUGCACUCAGAUAUGAGGGCUUAAAAAGCAAAUUCACUUUAAUUCUCUUUACCUACAAUUUUAUGAUAGCUUACGUUAAAAAGAACUGAGAAAACUAUCCGAUAGAGUGCUUUUGAUAAAAAGAAAAAGAAACCCGGGUUAAAGUUUAACCCCGGGUAAGCGCUAACCGUCGUUCGAACAACUGGGCCCUGAACUUCUAUACAGUCCUUUAGAAUCCAACCCCCCCCAAAAUUCCAACAUUUGUCGAAUUAAACGAGAUGGAAUAGACCCGAUAAAGUUUGAAGAAAGCGCAAAAUUACUUUUUAAGUGACGUUCUUAGCUUAUAGCUGUCGCCGUUGUUGUUGCCGCUCCCUAUUCACGUGGUAUAAAACCGCCAUAUUGUAGAGCAAGGGACGCACUGGGACAAGACGAACAAAAGUCUUACGUCAUUUAAACUGAUAAUUACCUUUGUUUUUCUUGUCCAGCAUGGUGAUUUUGUACCACGUGAAUGCACGACUAGCUGCAAAGGGUCUAUUGGUAAUGGGACUGGUAGUCAAUCCAUUUAUUUAAUUGAUUUGUCUUCUUGUUGUGUAAAAAAUGCUUUGUGUGCAAAUCAUGAUAGUUUAUACAUGAAAUGUCAGCAUUUUACUUAUUUUACAGUUAAGUUACUUUACAUUUUACAGUUAAGUUAUAUCAGAAGCGUAUAACCCCUUAAUGGGUAUUUUGGUAAUAAACGACACCGUUAAAAGUUGCGUUUCUAGCGUGCUACGAUAUAUAGCUAAAAAAUGUGAAAUGUGCUGGAACCUGUCUAUCAUGACACUUAGGUUAUUUUCCUUCGGCAAAACCCGGAUCAUAAAUCCUGGUGCAGCAGAUCCAUUCCAAAGAAACCUAACCUAAUUAUUCGGUGCAAUUUCUGUUAGGUUCGUGCGAUAGGUUGAGGGUAACUGCAACGGCAAACCAACGAGCAAAGUUUAACUGGUCUGCGUCCUUCGACGAUUCCUCUUCCCCCACUUCUAGCCAAACCGCUGACCUGCAGCGGGUAAAUGAAAAACUCGCGCGCUUGUCCUCUGAGGGAAGGAGAGUGGUGACGUUUGGUGCUAGAUUCAUCGAGACUGGAAUUAUUUACAACAUAACUUGUUGUGCGUUGGCGGAAUUUAGUGGCGAGACAGUUUGCAGCACCGUUUCUGUUCGACGUAUUGUUAAAGCGGUCCCAAAGGUUUCGUUCCCAUGGACUAGAAUUUCAUUAAGCCCAUCCGUGAGAGUGACGCUUAGAGGUAAGCUUUGUUUUUUUUACUCGCUAUUCAUAAUUGUAAAUUGUAAAUACGGUAUUAUCCAUUUGCUAGUGUUGUAAACUAUCCAUGAAAAGCUCCUUGGUUCCUGAUUAUGGCGUUGUCUCUUAGAAAGGACAAGUUGUCUUUUGUAAAACACGGAAAGAGAACUGACCAUGAACUCAAGAAGUAUUUCUGGAAUGUUACUGUGUCGAAAGGAGAAAGCCAAUCAGGCGCGAGAAAGUAAAACGCAUUGCUUGUGUGUCCUAACUUUAUUUUGAUUGGUUAGUAAACCGUCAAAAUUAAAUCACUGUUCACCGUUCUUUGACUCUCACAGUUGAGGGUGUAGAAUUGUGUAAACGUUGUACACAUGGGUUUAAUUUAAACAAUUAUUCGUUAAAAUAGAAUUUUUUUUCAUUCGAAAAAAUGAAGAAGUUUAUGAAGCGGUUCACUCUUACUCGUUUAUGAAACUCGUUUAAGAAACUGUAUAUGCUAAGCUAAGAGGCGACAACACGAUUGACGUAAUUCAUGGUGUGAUAUUGACUGAAAAGGAGAAGCUCCAGGUACUUGCAAUGAAGUCUCUUUUUCUUAUUUUGGAAAUAGCAAAAGUACAGCCUCCAUCUUGUGUGAGUCGAAACAAACGCUUAAUGGUGUACCUGUGGUCUUGCAAUGAUCAAAGUCUUCGGUUUAACGACGAGAGCCUAGUUUUAAGGAUUGGAGCUGGCCAACUGACCGCUGGACAGGUAACCCGGUUUUAUAAUUGUUGGGCGGAGAGAUAAAUUACAUGGCCGCGAGUCGACAAAAUAAUUUUUCUUUCAACGUUGAAAAUAUUUCACGAGUGAGCGCAUCUUUCUUUAUAGUAAGCAAUAAAAAACCGAAACCAUUUCACUUAGGUAUUUUUUUUGCUGCGAAAGGCGCGAUUUUCUUUAGAGCCCCUACCCCAUUAUACUGUAUUCUGUGGCCAAUUAAAGACCCCAUCUUAGUCACUUUUGGGCAAAUAUGUAAUCUUCGUGAUCCAACUUAGUCACUUUCUAUUUAUGUAUCUACCUUAUCAAUCCUUUAAAUGGGUUAUCGUCCUAAAAUGAACUGACCCAUUUUUUAAAUUGAAUGAAGAACAUCUUACUUUUCACCUACAGUACAAAUAUUCUUUGUACGUUUGCUAACCGCAAAUAUGAAGAACCCCCCAAAACCCCAAAAAUCAGGAAAUGUCCGACCCUAUUCUAGUAACUCUGUUGAAAAUACGACCCCAUUAUAGUCAAUUCAGCCGUGAAAAUGUGACCCCAUCCAGCGGCACAUCCCCAUUAGCCUCUUUUAGGAAGUGCCCCCCCCCCCCUCCCGGGCAAUGAGUAUGAAUUCGAGGUAGAAGAAAGGCGAAAGGAAAAAAAAUAGAGAAAACUGAUGACUAUGUCACUUUUUUGCAGGUUUUAAGAUGUACGUUCACUGCGUACGUGAGGGAUGACGAUUUGUUGUUUGCUCGUGCGUCACUGACAGUCGUGGUAAAAACCAAGAAACUUGUUGCCAAGAUAAAGGGUAUGUUACUAUGGUAAUGGGUUAAAAGGAGACUCUUUUUUCCCAUGGAAAUACCAAUCAAAACCCCAGAAAAAACACAAUCUAGUUCAUAAUCCAUGAGAGAAUUGUUUGAGUGCAUCCCAUUUAGACAUAAAUCCAUGAUUUUUUUCACCCAUCUCAGCUGAAUUCCCUCUAUAGUUUUGUGCCAGAUUAUGCAGGACUUGCUUGCGUGAAAAUCAGAAAUACCAAUCAAAACCCCAGAAAAAACACAAUCUAGUUCAUAAUCCAUGAGAGAAUUGUUUGAGUGCAUCCCAUUUAGACAUAAAUCCAUGAUUUAUGUGUGAGGACACUGUUCUUCCAAAGUUUGCUGCCGAAUGCCGUACAAGUGAUUUGGCGAAGUACAAAGAAAUACAAAUGUGACAUCUGUCACCUCUGAUCUCAGCUGAAUUCCCUCUAUAGUUUUGUGCCAGAUUAUGCAGGACUUGCUUGCGUGAAAAUCAGUUGCUUUCCAAACAAAUUGUCAUUUUUUAACUUACACUCUUUCUUUCAGGUGGCGAAGAACGAACGAUAAGUGCCAGCGAAGAAGCUGUUUGUGAUGGGAGUAAUUCCAAAGACCCUAAUAACCUCCCAGAAGAUCCCAUCUACGUCUGGACUUGUAAAUGCAAAUAUGAUGACGGCUGGCAAUGGUGUUUCUCUAGGGACAAGCUUCAGCAACUGAUGUUACCUCAAAGAGCAGUGGUUCGCAUUCCUCCAAACACCCUGCCGGCAGACAAGACGUAAGGAUUUCUUUUGCUUUUUUCUUUCUUUUUCUGUUCUUUUUUUCCGGGCCCUAUUUGGUUAAAACAUUAUUUUAUACGUUAAAAGAACCGAGAAAGUCGAACCAGUUAGGCUUGGUUCGAACGUCCUAUUUUACGUGUCGAACCUAAUGAUAGGGUUCGUACAGAAUCUUGGAGUCUUGAAAAAGGUUUGAAAUUUGCCGGUAAAAAUAGUACGAUAGUACGUAAGAACACUAGUUAUCGGCGCUUUAUUCGCUAGUACGUUAGUACGCUGGUCAUCCCAGUUUUUGGGUCAUUUUAUAGUCAGUAAAAAUAGUACGUACGCUAGUACUGAUGACUAAGCAAAAAGUACAAAAAGCCAUUCCUAAAACAGGCAGCAUAUGGUGAGAUCUGUUUGCUGACAUACUCUCUAUAAAAGAAAAAACAUUCUAACACGUCUGUCCAUGGUUUUGUUGUUCAACAGUUGCGCAAUUACGCUGAGAUACUUCAAGCGUGAUAUGAGCGCUAGCGCAUCGGUAUACUUUGAUGUCAAAGGGCGGGAAGUACCCAAAGUCAAAAUUGUUCAAGCGUUUUCCAACGCUGCUAAAGUGAAGUUUAUAGCUGUUGUGAAGAGCUCGUUACCAGAUCUAAACUUGGAGUGGUCGGGCAAGCAAAUGGACGAAGAAGGUAAUUUGAGAUACUUUUAUUGCUCGUAUGACCAUUAUUUACUAUAGACAUUUCUAGGUUAUUUAAAAACAUAACGAAAGUAAAGCGCGCUCUCUGGUUAGUCAAUUACCAGUUUACUAUUUAAACAAACAUUUACUAUUUAUGGUAAUCCGAUUGCAAAGUAACUCCGAAUCCACCAAUGAAGGGCCCAGCCCGAAACUUCGGCAUCAUUACUUUUUAAUGAACGUUCAUUUACUAUUUGCCCCAUAAGUGAAUGCUGACGAAAUAAGCGCGCGCUCAAAGCCGUACGCGUCACUUCCUUCGAGGCUAUAUUUUGGUUUAUACCUCACAGUUUUUUUCAUAUCUUUUUGUCAAGGUUUUUGUCUUAAUACGUUAGACGCCAUCAGCAAUAAAAAAGGAAAAGAAAACAUUUUCUUGAUGUAUUCUUGCCUCUUUUUGUAAAAAAAAAAUCUACGUUGUUUUUUAGGAAACUUGUUUGACAUUGAUCUCAAGAGUGUAACCGACUCACCCGUUUCUUCGGUUGUAAAGAAGCGUCCAGAUAAGUCAUUGAUCAAACAAAAAGUAGCCCUGGUCGUGAGAAAGUGGAGAAAUGGAUUAAAGCUGAAAUGCAAACUGAAGGUGUGGCGAGAAGAAGUUGAGGCUUCUGCAGAGGAUGAAGUGAAAGAUGCAGAACCACCGAUAGAAGGAAGAUGUAAGUCACUGAGUAACCCUUUGGUGAAAAUUAACAUUUUAGUUUGUUUUCUCUAUAUAUUCCUAUAGAAAUAGUGGAAAGAAGCUGAUAAAGUAUCUAUUUAAUUGGGUUAUUCUCGUAGUCACUCUGUUUAAGCAAGCAUAGAUACCGUAAAUCCUUUAUUAAGCCCCACUCCCUCUAAUAAGUCUCCCCCACCUGCCUUUUCAGGGGAAGAAAGUUAAUGAGCUCUCCUCUCUAUUAUGCCCCUCUCCCCUCUCCUAAUUAUUCUUCACUAAUAAAUUAUUGACUGUAUUAAUAAAUCACGACUGUAAAACUUCGUGUGGGCUGAUCCGUGGUGGUUUAUUUACCAUGUGGAAGUUCGGAUUUGAUUCUGAUCCUCGGCUGCAUGACCUCCAACCUUCUUGUACUUGAGCUUUUCCACUUUGUAGUCAAGUUCUUUAUGGAUAACUUAUACAAUCGUCUUUGCUAAAUUAAAUAAGCCCCCCCUCCCAGUGGGCUUGAAUUAAAUGAGUCACGGGGGGGGGAUGGCUGGGGGUUAAUAGAGGAUUUACGUACUCCAAAGAGGAAUUGAUACUGGUAACUCAUGCUAAUGGGGCUUAAAAGGUUAAAAGAUAAAGAGCAGACCCUUGCCAAGUACAACUUCUUUACUCAAAAAUUGAGUUAUAUCUGCUAUGUGCGAUGAUCUGGUUAACUAUAUGCGUCUGGUUUUAGGCGUGUUAACUAAUUGAAAGAAGUUAUUAAAAGUUAUAAAUUAUACUAAAAUAUUACGGAAAUUAUACUUAUUUACGAAGUGAAACUAAAUUAAAUUAACGAAAGUUAUACUAACUAGGUUCGAACGAACACUUCACUCAGCAUUUGAGACUUAUAACGUAAGUCACCAUAUUAAGAUUAUAUUAGGGAGUCAUGAUUCAACUCAAGUUAGAUUAUAGAUUCACGGACGUCAACCGGAAGUGGACUUUUUGCAGAUUUUGGUUGAAACCCUAAAUCGUCUUUAUGGGAAAAAGAAACUCAGCAAUACAAAUUUGGUAGUGUCCAGGCGUAUAAAAAGGAAAAAGCCUACACCUUCAUGCUAUUUUACCUGAUAAAAGGGCCCGUUAAAAAAACCUCAAUAUUUUCCAGGUCAGAAACUUGAAGGAUCAGAAGAUGAAGGUAUUUCUAUUGAAGGACUUGACUUUGAAGAUCCCGAGGGUGAAGCGUUAGAGUAUCGCUGUGGAUAUAUGGACAAGAACAAUAAACCAAAAUACAGUACUUCCUGGUCUACUAGCAACAUCUGCGAAAACGUUGCUUUACCCCCAGGUAUGAACGGCUCACUUCAUUAGACAGAUCAAGGUAGGUUUCCGGCAAACUGCCCACCUACCCCUCUCCUAAGCUAACAUUAGCACUUACCUUUUUCUUAGGGCAAAAUGUUGGCUUAGGGGAGGGGUAGGUAGGCAGUUUCUCAGAAACCUAAAUUAAUCCCAGAAGUGCAAACGGGAGACGUUCAACCCUCUAACUAACCCCAUCCAUUUAGGGAGUUACAUGGUUGAUCUGAUCCGGUCCGAUACAGGUUUGUUUGUCGCGUCGUGCGGAGAAAUCCCGUUGCGUGACGGCUAAAGAUGCACAAGAAACAAGGAAGACAUAGGGCGGUGAAAAAAAAAGGCUACAUUCGCAUUUAGAAAAGAAAAGGGAACUGGAGCCGAAACGUGUCCCGCAGUUGUUUCUGGGAUCGUUACAAGGGACGCAAGGUCAAUUGUUUCCCUUCCCUUAUAACAUUCCCAGACGUCUUUGCGAGAGUUAACUGGUCCCAGUUUCCCCCUCGUUUGUAAAGUGGCGAAUUGAGCAGCUAGCAGUGGUAAAAUAACACUCAGUAUGCCAUGCCAGCAAAAAACAAGCCCAUGGCCAAAACGUAACGUACAACAUACUGAGCUUUUAAUUCCAGGGUCACGUUUUGAGUAGUGUUGGAGCUGCUCGAAGGUGUCUCGUAAUUGGUCGCGGGAAACAAUGACUUGUCAUUCUUCCAAUUGUUUUAGUAUUGUUUGGGGUCAAGGAAACGCACCAUUGGUGACUUCUCUUCCGAGCAGCUGCUGCAUGACCCCACGUUUUCCCCUUUUUUGAUUAGUUAAAUGGUUACCCAGUAACAAUGUCUUUGUGCCUAGCUUAGUCUUAUCUAAGGUGUAUCCCUUAUACCAAUUGUAAAUUGCCAGAAUACUUUGGUAGUCCGGCCCGGGUGCAGAGAAAAGCGGAGGGGAAAGGGAUGGAGACCUCCUGUUGUGUUGUAAUACCAUCGUUUCACCUAUUUGUGAUUAUCUGUUUUUGCUUUGAUUAAGGUGUUUCGAUACAGUUUUUCGGAGACCAUACCGAUAUUUUUCAAUCGCCUUAAAGGGGAUUUUAACCUCCUCCAAUCUCUAUAAAGUUUUUACCACUAACUGACCUAAGAUUGAAGUUUGUCAAAAUGCAGGUUUAAUUAAAAUCGAUGCAACCAUGACAACGACAAACAAAAACCUUUAAAAUCAGUUAAAGACUAAUUAUGGACAUCUAGAACUGCCAUUAAAAAUCUAACUUUAGUAACUCCGUGAGAAUAUAUAAUAAUAAUGAUGAUAAUAAUAAUAAAACAGAACAUGUUAGGGUGCGGUUUUUAUUUGAAUUUCAGGUGACCCGGAAAAAGGUAACAAGUUAAACUGUAUUGUACAAGCUCGAAACACGCGUGGAGCAACAGCGAGGACUGUUUGUCCAGUUGUAGUCCCUCCCCAGAACUUCAGCGAGGAAGACAUGAAGAACGCUACUGAGAAAAUCAGAGAAAAACUGAACCGAAAUGAAAUCACUGAAGUUCGAGGUAGGUUUAGUUAUCAAUCCUAGAGUUACCUGUAAAUUGCACUCAGAAAAUAAAUUUAAGAUUAGAAGAGUAGGAAUUGUACGAAUCUUGGUUCUUUUGGGUGAUGAUCGGAAAAGACAAUUUCUUGAUGGCGCGGUUUUAUUGGAACUUCCAUGGCGCAUACCAUAUAGCGCUCUUUAAGCCAAUCGGGAUCUCAUACCCUUAAGCAGAUGAGGGUACUUCCCAUGAUGGCUUCUUCUCAAGCUUCAGGUGCACAUCACUAAGGUUGGGAUUACACAAGUUGAAAUAAAAUUAUAUGAGAGGGUUGGAAAAUUUGUUAACCUUGAGUUGGUAUCUAAAAGGGGUAUCAUUUUUCAGUAGUAGGUAUAAGAAAAGGUAGUCUGCUGCACAGCCGUUUUUAGUGUCGGGGAGGAGCGUUGCGUGACGACACUAAAAACGGCUGUGUAGCAGACUAAGGAAAAGGGUACCUUUUUCAGAAAUGGUAUAUAAAAAGUUUCGGGGUAGGAACGUGUGGCGGAACUCUGGGGUCCAACUGCUUACCCACACCCUCGCCAAGUGAGCUUACCCUCUUUGAUGAAGCAUUACUGCUACUACCCACUGGAUGAAACGACAGUCAUUUGCAGGGUUGGUACUUCCAAUAGUACGUUGUCAUUCGCCAGUUAUAUGAGUGGAUGAAGAGAGAGAGAAGGUUAUUUUCUCAUGAAACCAAGUACAGUGGAACCUCUAUGCUAUAACGAGCUUUCGUUGUAUCGAUGUUCUCAGUUAAUAGUCUUGCAGCUCAUCAGAACCUCUAAUUUAAUUGGACCCCUAUGGGUCGCACGCAGCUCUUUUGUUGUCGGGCUAGGUUCCACUGUUUACUUUGUUUGUUUACUGUUUUCUCAACCAAUCCCGUGAGGUCUUCCGAGAGAUGCAAGAUCGCCCAAUUCUUUUUCAUAUACCGUAAAAUUCCGAAAAUAAGCCCCGGGGCUUAUAUUUUUCAAAGGCCCUUUUUGAGGGUCUUAUUUUUGGAGGGGCUUAUAUUCGGAGGGACUUAUCUAUGGAGGGAAAUUUGCGUUUCAAAAUCGAUUGGGCUAGCCUUAUAGUUGGAAGGAGUUUACCGUUUUUGCUUUGUUUUACUUAGUAUUUGAGGGCAAUUUCCAAGUACAAGCCCCCGGGAGGGCUUAUAUUUGGAGGGGCGAUUUAACGGAGGGUUUUUUGCGUUACGAGUUUGGGGGGCUUAUAUUUGGAGGGGCUUAUACAUGGAGGGGCUUAUUUUCGGAAUUUUACGGCGGGUAUUUUACAUUUGCUGGGGUUAAGAAAAUCGUUUGUUACAUCGAUGUGCGACGUGUUGUUUCGCGAGGCCACUAUACCUUAAGUUCCUUAUUAUACUUUUAGUUUCUCCCUACGUCGCCCGUCGAUGUAUGUUACAUUUUCUCAUUGAAGUAAAUCUCUUAGGAUGAAAUUUCUGUCGGCUGCUAUUGUUGUACGAUUUUCCUGCAAGUUGUGUUUUAUUUUGAGUAACCCCCGAUGUAGAAUUCUCUUGGCGUGACUGAUGUUUUUGUUUAAUUUCCAGCCGACGUUGAACGGAUGGUGUUCGGAUCGGACAGCGAAGAAGCAACGAAUGAUAUGCUGAUUGAGUUAGCAAAAGGGGUGAGAUUUGUCAUAAAUGCUCUUCUCAAAUUCAAAGUUGUAUUUAACUGAACGUCUUAAAACUUACUCCAUGCGGAAAAAAUUAUCUCAAAGUAAAUUGAGAAAUCUUCCUCGAACCUACGGAAGCUCUCAUCUCGCGGCUGACAGUGUUUGUUGUUCUGGCCCAGGAACCGGUCUCAAAAUAUCCUCUUUGCCUGUUGUUCGGACGUUAUCCCAAACAGCUUGCCACUCCUAGAUAUUCGUUAAUGAUUAUCAAAAUAGUUAUAAUGAUAGUAAUAAUAACGAUACCAAUUAACCUUCUUUAUCUAGAAACGAACAGAAAAGUUUAAGUCUUUGGCAUUGUUUUUUCUUUUAAUUUGAAGAAGGGAGUAGCUUAUCACUAAAAACCUCAAAACAUCUUAUUUACAGGAGAACAUGAAAUAUCACGUUGUUAAACUUACACUCGGAUUUUCGUUUCAGGACUGCUUUAACAGAAGUAGUCAACAAUAUGCUCGAUUUAAGGUACAAAUGUAUUAAGAAUCUUCCUCUUCAUCAUUAGGUUGAUGAUGAAGUCAAAGAAGUCCAAGAGUCUGAAGACAUUGGUAGCGAGGAAGUAGGAGAAUUAUUGAAAUCACUUGAGCUUGGCCUCAUGGGCGUGUCUGGGGAUAUAGAGGAAGGGAGAAAGAGGGUCAGUGAAGCUGUUGAGGAUAAGGAAGAGACGGCGAAAAACUUAAGGAAAUUAGUCUCCCCAAAGAGGUCCCAGGAAAACGGCGAAUCAUCUCGGAGAAAACGAAGAUCUACUAACAGUGAUGACAGUGAAGAUGAAGAAGUGGAGGUUGUCGCAAAAACUAUAGAUGAGGUAUGUGGAAAAACCAAACAAACCGGCCAAGUCAAGUCAGUUAUGUCAGGUCAGAACUGUCCUUGACUAUCGAACGAUUUGAACAGAAAUGAUUUUAUUCGUUCCAGCAAUAACCACCAUAGAUUUAUUUUUCGAUGACACUUUUUUAUCAUUAAAAAGUGUCUUUUUCUUGUCACUGCAGCUAAAAAUUUGGGUAUUUUGUUUUUCAUCUUGUUCUUAAAAUGACGCAACAAAUAUAAUAAAGACAAUGUUUGAUAGUUUAAUGGUUGCAAAUCGCGAAGUAGCCGUGUUACCGGCUUCAAAGGUGGAAUUUUCGUUUUCAUGAAUCCCCCAUAAAAGACUGUGAAUCCCCCAUAAAUGACCCUCUUCCUAAGAAAAUUAUAUGAAAUCUAUUUCUGCCUUGGUUCUGUGUCAUGCUGUGUGGCUAUUUAAAGGACGACACCUCACUGGUCGGUAAGAAUGGCGUCAUGUUUUUUUUAAACUUGGCCGGUAAUUCAUUUCGCGGUCACACCGUCUACACGUAGUAUUGUCGUAAACCUUGAUUUCAGUUAGAACUCGUUUCAACGACUCAAAGACGCUUCAAAAAUUUAUCUAAUAUCAAGCGUUUCCUCAACAGGUUGAAACAACUCUAAGCGUAUUUUCCGCGCUGAUUGAACCUGGCAACUUCAGCAAUUCCUCCAUUGCGGUGAAACAACAACUAGUGGGUCUUGUUGAUGACUUGGGUAGAGGCCUGUGUCAAAGCCUCAGCACAGGGGAGCCAGCAUUGAUCGCCGAGUCUCACAUUGUGGUUAUUAGGAGCAAAAAGGACAGCUUUGACAACGUAGAUGUUAACUUUACCAAUACCGCGUGUGAAAAUUGCAGCUAUGCCAUUCAAGAAAGCGCCCAAGUCUUGCUGGGACAGUCGGUGAAAGACCGCUACGAAUCCUGGGAUUGCAACGAAGAUGGAUGUAACGGAGCAUGCGUUGUGUCUGCUCAGGUGAUAAACUUCUGAUAAAGCUUUUUUAAAAAUUGUUGACAAUUGUCAGUCAGUCCGAAAAAGUGUAGUCUUUUGUAUCGUUCAUGCAUUUCUAGGUUAAACGAGAUUCUUCGGUGUUGCAUUACAAAUGUGACGUCAACACAUUUAAGACCAUGAUGCGAUUGGCAGUUUUUUCGAAACUUAACAGUAAACUUGUCGUUAAAAACGCCUGAGGGAAAUUCAUUACGAACUUGUUUUUAUCCAACUAUUACUCAUAAUUUUUGUUUGUUAAUUUUUUAGUAUCCGAAUGAUUUGCUUGCUACGGCUGAUGACGGAAGCUCCAUCAGUCACGUGGUUUACGUCAAACUUUUUAACCCGGAAAAUGCAGCUCCUCUGUCGGUCAGCGGUCUAGUGGAACCUGUUACUUUCAGGAUACCACUGCGAAAUUACACAGCAUCCAAUGGUACAACGCCCAUGGUAAGGCAUUGAUUACGUAAUCAGUAAUAUUGGGGAGCUUAGGCAAAGACGUUUUGAGCAACGCACGUCAACCGCCGCCUGGUUAGCUUAGUUGGGAGAGCGCCGGUCUGCCGAGCGCGAGUUCGCAGGUUCAAAACCCCGGCCGGACCAACACUCAGGGUCUUUAAAUAACUGAGAAGAAAGUGCUGCCCUUAUAAUGACAUCUGCAAAUGGUUAGACUUUCUAGUCUUCUCGGAUAAGGACGAAAAAGCGUAGGUCCCUUCUCACAGCACUUUCACUGAUUUGUUCUUGUGGGACGUAAAAGAACCCACAUCACUAUUCGAAAAGAGUAGGGGUCGUCGACCCCGGUGGUGUGGCCAACCUUCACGGGUUGUGGGAUUGGGCAGGGAUGGCACCUCGCUUGGGACCUGAGUCCCGUUCAUGUACAUUCCCUCUGGGCAGGCCUGUGUCCAAAAAAGCUGGUAAAAAAAAGGAAAAGAGACUUUUUCAUUCUUAGGGUGGGGUUUUUGCCCAAAAUUUGACGUAAAUCGCCUUUAUAAGAAUAAAGAAAGUUGUCAAUAAAAAUUUGGUAGCGCCAGGGCAUAAUAUAAGGGAAAAAUCUGGCUGGACAAUAAAGCUGCUGAUCUCAGGUAGGUUGAAGUUUGCUUGAAUAUGCUGUAGCGCCAUGUAAAGGCAGCCGUGACCGAGCAGUCAAAGCGCUGGACUAGCAAAACGGAGCCGCCAAUUCAAACCCCUUGUUAGUCCCGAGUUCAGUUCUUUGGCGAUGCCUGUAAACAGCAAUCUGGUUUGGACCUCUUCACAACAGCCACAUUGCAGGGGCACCCAACUUCAAUUUGCGGAAAAUAUCUGUUCAGAAGACGAUUUGAGAUAUAGAUUUUUCGGAACAUUUGUUGUAAAAUUUCUUGCUUGCCUGCCUCUCCUAGGAUUUUCGAACACAUAUGGUAUAAUUGCCCAUUUUUUAACGGACUCUUACCCUGAAAAGGUCUCCAAAAAUUUUCGGGAGCCUUUUUUCUGGUUGAAAUUUUCGAAAAUUUUUGAUCCCUAUAAUUUUCGGAUCACUAGACUUUCAGCUAGGAAAUCCUAACAGAUGAAAAAUUUUGAGGGGAUAAAAAUAUGCCUAUAUCUACCGUUUAAAUACUAAAAUACGUUCAACAAUGCUAUGUUUAAGUGGUUUUGAACUAAAUUCUCGUUGGGUGCCCCUGACAUAUUGGGGACAGAAGAAAGUGGCCAGAGGUUUGGGUAAGAGUUAAUGUAUGGACUGUCCGCCGAAAAAAAGUGGCCGUUGUGGAGAGAUGGCCGUUAGUGGAGGUUCAACUGUAGUUGCCAUGUUUAAUAUUUCAUUUUAUUAUUUCUGUCCUUUAUUGUGGGCCUUAGUGUAAACUAUUGGCCAUGUUCUAAACGAGGGGGGAACAGGUACGACUUUUCAUUGUAAAGGCUUUAGGGACCGUUUGAAGGGGCAGCAAUGUGUGCAUAGACUUUCAAUGCAACUCUCCCUUCCCUUACUCCCAUUCACACGAUGUUACCCCAAAGGUGCUGUGUCACGAAGAUAUUGUCAUUUUAGAACAAUUGAACUCUGUGCUAAAUUGAUCCUGCAAUUCUCCUGUAGACAUAUCACUUUGAAUAUGUCAAAGAAAUUUCAUGCGGCUUAGAAAUUUUUUUUUUAGGAAUUUUUACAGGAGCAUCAAAUACACCAGCUGUCUAAGUCUGUUUGCGAUUACGCGAUUCCUGUGUUUCGCUUCGUUACCUCUGCUUGGGCAACUUUGAUUAAUGAGCUGAGCUCUGGUUGGGCAAACCUGUUUUGGAACUGGUUUUUCGGAUAAACCCGUUUUGGGGUGGGACAAACCAGUUUGGGGAAUAAUAAGAUGCAGGGUUGGACUGAUGUUUAAGGUAAUGAGAUGCUGGGCAUGAAGGUACUUAAAAAACAGUUAAAGAUAAUGUCGUAGGAGCUUAGAAAUAAUAACAAGUUGGAAGACAGUUGUUCUUACUUGAGGGGGUUAAGACAAUUACGUUGGCGUAUGAUUCUUUUAAUGAGGAAGUUUAAUGUCGAUUUUGAAUAAUGCUUUUACAUACAAGGAAGGUUUGCAAGGUCAACAUAAAAAUACCACUAAGGCAUCAAGUGAAAGGUACUCGUCAAAAGGGCCGAUAUAUGCUACUGAUUGCAUAUGCAGUUCAACUCAGUAAUCUUAAAUCGAUGGCCUCAAGAACAUUUAAGAUCUGUUGGCGCCUUUCAAAUCCCUUGAAUUCUUAGUGCUCUGAGGUCUUACGAAAUACUUUCCACAAAAAGAGAGUUUUAUUUGCAGAUAUUGGUCGGAAAUGAAUAGUUAUAAAGAAUUAUAUAUUAAUGCACUCACAGUUUCAUCACUCAUUGACUCACUCAAUGUUGCUCGUUGGUUGCUCAAAAUUUCUCGCAGCAUCGUACAGAUAGAUGAGAAUUAUUCCAACAAAUCUUUCUUGACAAAUAACUGAUUCCCCUGAAAAAUCACCUUGGGUUUCUCAGGCUACCGGUAUAAAACGUAGUAAGUCAAAGUCAUCAGUUAUGAAAAUUAGAAUCAUCACCCUCAUUAAUAGUCAGGUCUCUGAAGGUCAGGAUCGUUACAGAGUUGAAAAAAGCACCAAACUUUGUACAGCGAUAGCUUAUUGCAGUACCAUGAAUAUUAGAGGGGGUGCCCACUGCAAAUAUGCCACUGAAGCGUGCUAAACAGGAUUUAAUUAUUGUAAAUUUCACCUGCUGGGGUCCCUGUGGUGUUUUGAUUGAAAAUUGUUAUUUAAUACCUUAAAUCACUCAGAAUACUCUUCUCAUGUUGUAAACAACAAUUUCACUUGAACAUCUGGCAUUCCCAUCCAUUAUUAGCUUACUGAUUGUAUAAUUAAGUUGAUUAUUACUGUGCCCUUACAACAAGUCCACAGUCCGCCCACAUUUUCAUAAGUCAUUUCUAAGAUGGCCCCGUCUUUGCUUCAUAACUUGCAAGUACUCAGCUUCUGGGGUUCUCUUCUCCUUUUCUAAUGUAUUUGAAUUAGAGGAGGCCUUAUUGUGUGGCUUAAGCGUUAUUUAUCAAGUAUCACUUGGUAUUACAUGUCACUUUAAGCUAAAGAAAGCGUAUGGCAUAGCGAUUCACGCACAAAAUUUCAGGAAAAAAAGAAAUUGUCAAAGAGUCUGUUGUAUCACAAAUUAUCAGGGAUUUAUGACAGCUGUUCAUGCAAAUAACGAAAUGACAGAACCCAGAAUAGUUCUUUCCUAAGGAGGUAAUUAAUUUUUCAGCUAAACAUAAGCCUGGAUGCCUUUCAGUCUCUCUUUAUUUGCUGGACGCUUGUGCAUGUUUUGACAGAGAAGAAAGCAUCGUGGCACAAGUACAUAUCAUUUACAAUUCCCGCAGUUUGUCUAAGCUUUACAAAGCAAAAACUAACAACAAAAAAUCUGGUCUCAUAAACGAAAAAAAGAAACAAGUUAGCCCAAGCUUCAAAAAACAGCACGGUUCAUCAUGAAGCCUAUACAUUUGGCACUGAAGCACUCAUGUCCAAAAUAAUAACAGCUUAUCAAGUCGUAAAAGUGAGACUCAAGUGGUACAAGAUUGACUCAAAUGAUAAAUGGUUUAACUGCUGAAACUGUAGAAAGAGGACCGGACUAACUUUUAGUGUCUUGUAUUUCAUUUGUAAGUUUUUUUCUGACUGACCUUUUCAUUCUUGAUUUAAUUGUAUUGUAAUUAUUUUAGUUAAAGCCUUCUUCUAUUCCUGUAAAUUCCUCACGUCUUUUUUUUUUUGCUGACCUUAGGCCAUUUAAGCCCCCGGCUUUGGCUCUUCUUGUGUAUUUUGUCUUCAAGUGUGUGAUAUGUAUUAAUGAAGUAAGUUAAGUUAAGUUAAGUUAAGUUAAGUUAAGUUUACAUGGAGGAGGGGACCCCAGGUAGUCAUGGUAACUAACUUAGGUGAGGUAUUAACCCGCAUGUCCAUAUAAUCUCUCAUUUUAAUUUGAUCACGUUUACAUGAAAGGUGGGGUGACCCUUUAAGGUUUGGUUAGCUCGGUCUGCAACACCGGGUCACCCUCUCAGCUGAGGUUAAAUUUUGCCAUGUCAACGUUUCAAGGUGAGGUAACCCAGGCUAGUCGGGGUCGGAUUCGUGAUACAUCAAAUUCACGCAGAAUUCACUUUGGCGCCGGGUGGCUUCACAUAGUUAUUAAAGGUAACGAUAGAAAGCCACAACACUGAAGAUUGCAGCAAGAGCAGCAAGUGAGCGUAGACGUGGUUUGCUAGCAUUUUUCUUGUUUACGUGCUUAGCGACCAUUCAAUAAUGUUGAGAAAGUGCACCCCAGGAUGGCGGGGUUGUAAGAUUGCAUGUAAAGGAGGGUUAUUUUUUUUUACCCCACCUAAGCAGGUUACCUCGCCUACCCGGGAUCCCCAACCUUUAUGUGUACAGGCUUUAAGUCUCAAGAACUGUGAAACUGGUAAUAAACAGUAUACCUAACCCGGGACUAGCUGUGAUACUACUUCCAUCUUCAAAAACUUCAACAUAGCAGCCAAAGGAGCCAUUAAAUCGGUGUAACACGAUUAUUAGAUAGAGGUUGUUUCAUGCGUCUCGUUUUGUAACUUUUUUUGUGUUCGUUUUUGACACUAUCUCUAAAUUUCAAUCAUGUUCAAAACACCCCUAUUAACAAAACAUUUCGUAAAGCUCUUUAGAAUGAUAUUCACCAAUAAAAAUAAGGUGUGACCAGGUGCCGAUUUCUAGGCUCCUAGUGUGGCAACAUAGGCAUAAGUGAAUGCAAAGUUUUGCGGUAUGUAAUCUGUCAGAAAUCUGUUUGAGUGGUCAAAGAUGGGGCUGAUGGGCUUCUUUAUCAUGACCACUCCAUUAUUAUAAGGGACCAGGCCAUAAUUAUUGUUGACCCUUGUUUUUUUUGGUAUUUUCUGUAAUUUACACAGCAUUAUUUUGUGAAAAGUAGGUAACUGAAUCGCUCUUGAGAAAUUCAUUAUGGUAAGAUUUCGUAACCACGGGGUAUUCGCUUAACUGCAUCAAACAAAUUACAUUCAUUUUCAUAAAUGAUAGAUCAUUGGUUGGCUAAAAGAGGCCUUGUUCCUGUAACUUUCAGCUCUUCUGAAUUUAGUUUGUUUGUAAACUGUAUCGCAAGCGACGACCUUCCUUUUUUUUGAAAGAUCAUAUAGACCUACCAUUAACACUCUGGCGCGAGGGCUCUGAAGUGAAUGAGCUCCUUACAGGUGUCUAGGCAUGCAGGGACCUCAUACACUUCUUUUUAAAUGUAAAUGUGUAAAAAAUAAAGUGUUAAAAAUUCCUGGAGAGGCAUGUUUUACAACCUCGCCCCCAGGGCUUAAUAAAAAGGUAGAAAAAGGUAAAGCGACCAUAUUUUACGUCAAUCACUCGUGACAGUAAUAAUAACUAAUAAACUUGAGGUCAACGGUGUGCUCCUUUUACCCCUCUCUCUGCAUUAAUGCUCCGUUUUAAGGGUAUUUGAAGCUAGUCAAAGGUACACAGAAAGGAGAGAAGCUGAAAUAAGGAUGUGUUGACACCGGCGAUCGAACUCGGGACCUCGCGCACUGAAGGCUGCGCACUAACCAACUGUGCCACCCUUGCUGCUCCUUUUCCCCCUGAGGACGAGAUUGACAUGUCUUUAUCAUUAUCUCAAGGACAGGGUUACCAAUGAAGCAAAUUAUAAUCUAAUCUUAGCUGCACAAUUACAACGUGGGCGCGUUGUCAGUUACGGGUGCAUGAGGUCGGUCAUGUGGCAUGUCAAAAUUUAACGAUUCUAUCGUUUAGGAUGUGAUACAUUUGGUUUUUUGUUAUUGUAUGACAUCUUUGAAAGCUGGCUUUGUGAUCUGUUUAAAUUGAUAUGUAAUUAUAUUAUCACUGGCAAGUCUUAGCAGUGACACUGAUAGCCAUACAGUGAACAUGAUUGACCACACUUACCGUGUGGAGACUGGGCACUAGUCAGUAUUAUGUACAUGGAAAACUAUUUUGAAUAGUGUAACAACAACUAAACUUUACCAAAUUAAAAACUUAAAAACUUGAAACAAAUGUUUUUUAGCCAAAUCAAACAAGAAGAGUACUCACCACAGGGCACCCAACCUGCUAUUAUGGGUGAAAGUUAACCCCCCCUUUUUAUCUGUAAUUAGGACCAUUUGUAACGAGCACCCCCUCCAGUAUUAAUCAGCAGGUGCUAAGGAAGCUCUGUGCCAAAUUUGACACUUUUGUCACGUCUGUAACGAUCCGGCCUAUAUUUUGCACUAAGAGACCUGACUAUAAGUGUAAUUAAUGUCACUAUUCCGCUAGCCUGCGUAGCAUGGCGGUUUUGAUUGGGUGAGGGCAGAGAAACCGCGAGGAGAUUGGGGCGGAAGCAACUUGAAAAACCGCCUGCACGGACGGGGGGCUUUUUUGAGUCGGUCCGCACGCCAGCGUACGGAUCGUUCCGAUUGGUUCGGAAUGUUCGCCUGUCAAUCAAAUAUUUUGGUAAUCUCCCAUGGGAGAGUUUCGAGGGACUGAACAAAUCAUCUCCGCUACACAAAAUCAAAAUAUCAAAGAAGCGUUGACCGGAGCGUCGUCGCUCUUGAAUAUUUGACGGGAAAACAGGGCAAUUGUAUUGAAGCCUAAACAGGAAAUGGCCAUUUACAGUCUUCUUCAAAGGAGAGAUGUCAUGGAAAUUUUGUCAACAAGAUUUGGCAAGAGCAUGAUCUUUACUGUCUUUGCUAUGGCCAAAGAAGAAAUAUCCUCAUCGAAAACCUGUAUGAUCACAAUUCCUCCUCUAAAAAGUAAUAUCGACGACCAGAUAUCUGAAAUGUUGUCGCUGAGCUGUAAAGCAAUGGACCUUAUGACAGAAACAGUAAAUUUCAGUGCUUCGAGAAAGUUCACCUCAAUUUUCUCUAUUACUCGGUGUUAGAGAAUAACGCACUCCAGCGCAAUACAUCGAACGGUGUCCGCGAUUGUGGUCGAUGAAUCGCAUACGGUAGAAGAAAGACGCACAGCGUAAUUGUCCAUACUUUUUUGCUUGGUGUAGCUUAAGUUUAAGCUACAGCUCAAAUCUGAAGAUCGCGCUAUACGUAAAAAUACAACAUCCUGCAAACAACACUUAAAAAGCCGGGCCCAGCGUCAAAACAUUCACGGACAAAGCAGUGACAAAGAAACUACAAACCAAGGCUCCUUGGUUUGUAGUUGUCCAGAUCCAGGCAUUUUAGUCGGAAAAGACCAAAGAAACUAAAAUAUUUAUUUAGCCGUAAUAAAAAGCUUUAGGCUUUAAGAGUGGUCAAAGAAAUUACUACUUUACAACUGCAUCUGAGAUCAACAAAUUCUAAUUAGCGAAAAUAACAUUAACCACAGGAAAUAAUUACUCAAUACGGAUUAAACAAACCAACUCCAUGACCUCUAAAUAAAUGUAAGACUUAGUGCAGCAAAAAUAAGAUCUACUCAGUCAAGUUUAGAACGCAGUGUAGUCACCUAUGGGCGAGAUAGCCACAAAGAAAAAACCCGUGUUUGUUCAAGCAAACUCGAAUUCCGGCCAAGGUCACGUUUUACACUAUAUCACUAGCUUUUGUGUCCUUUUUAGGCUGUCAACACUUUAUUUCUGAUUGGCUGGGAAAACUGAAACCAAACAAGUUGUCAACAGGAUGUCAAAAUGAGUUGAAGGGGGCGGCAGUUGAAAAGGCCACGAAUCCGGGCAGGCGGUUUUUAUUUUUCUCGCGGCUUCGCCGCUCGUUCUCGCGCGCUUCGCGCGCGAAUUUCGCGGCUACGCCGCUCCUGCGCCCGGCUCGACAAAACCGCCAUGCUACGCAGGCUACUAUUCCGCUUGUAAGAUACGCAUGCAAACGUCACGCAAUUAAGUAAAUGACGCAUGCAGGCCAAGUAAACAACAACUACUUGAUGGCGUAAUAAGGGGGGGACACAGCCCUGUGGCAGGUUAUAGCGACUUCGGGUUAUGCGCGCAAAAUAACACGAGCCUUUCUUAUCGCCCCACUACCGUGGGGUGGGGCAAGAGUCUUAGCAGAGUCUUUCUUAUCUCCCCAGCGCCGCUCGGGCUGGAUCGGGUAAGAUUAAGGCAAAGGAAUAGCUCAAAAGAUGGCAAGACACAAGCAAUGCCAAAAGCUUGGGGGAAGUCGCAACGCAGACUUAACCGCACCACAAGGAGUGACCCACCGAAAUUUAUUGAAACAUAAUAUAACAACAACUCCUCCAAAGGGAGGGAGGGCGGGUGACAAAACUACUUUAAAUGAUUGCUUUCGUGCAAGCUAACCAAAUAAUGACUAGGAGUGGCAUUGGCAAAGAUUUAUAGUCAGACAACUUAUCAUGACUAAGGUCUAGCCAUGAAUAGAUCUGAAUAGGGCUUUGAAAACAGGGACCAAUCUUUGCGAAGCUAAGAAAAUAUACGAUGACAAGCAUGCGACAAAUUAGUGAGGUUCUAGCCAUGAAAAGCUUUUGUUUUCUGCUUAAAGAAUAGAGUGCUUUCAUUUAAUGAAUCAGUCUUUCAAGACAUCACCGAGCCUAAAACGUGGCAGGCUUUCUCGGCCUACCCCCCUGGGGCUUCAUGCUCCAUUAACUGCAUUUACCCGCUGGUAAAUGUCUUAUAUUAUAAACUACAGUGCAUUUACAAAACGCGGAAAUUUUCUCCUGACUCUCAGUAACAUACACGGAGUCAGUCGUUGCAGAUUUUAUUUUCAUAAUGUUUUUAAUUGAUGAAGUGUACAAACGUUCGUAAAACGUUCUCUUCCUUGCUUCAUUUGUUAAGUUGUCGUCCUCAGUCGAUGUGUCUUUAGGAAUAUGUCCCAAGUCAAACAAACUGUUCAACAGGUACUUUCUAGUACGACAGCUUCCGCAGCCUGCGUAUAUUCCGUUUCAUCAUCUUCCAUAAUGCUACGUAAUGUUUUCAUGACCUUUUUGUGCACUUGGUCAGUUUUAAGGUCAUGGUACCACCUUAGAUAUUGUAAAAGUGCGUCGGUUCUUUUUUGCGGCAACAGCGAGUAGAAGGCUUCAAGCUUGAGCCUGAGCAUCAUCCUUCGGCAAACCCUGACGUAGAUUUUCUUCCACCUGUUGCUCCCAAAAUGGAUUCAGAUCAUUGAUGACUUCUUCUCGAAGUUUAUUCCAAGGUUCAAAGUCUUCAUUGUCUGUGUCACCAUUUGUAUUUUCUUCGUCUUUUUCAGUUUCUUUGUUACUAGUUCCUUCGUCUUCGUCAACAGCAUCGUCAUCAUCAUCAUCGUCCUCUUCGUUAUCUUAAUUUACACAUUUUCUCGCACACAGUCCGCGUCAUACUCUUCUGUUUUUCGUUCCAAGUCCUCUUCCUCGUUUGAAAAGCUUGUCGUUGCUUCUUCGCCGUCAAAUCGUUUGGGACAACCACUGUCUCAUGUCGAUCUCUGUUGAACUUACGGCUAAAUGUUCUCUGACAGAAUUGACAAAAAUGUGUUAUUAUCACGCCGUCGUAAAUCGAUGAUAGGAAUGAACAAACAAAAACUUCUUUAAUUUAUAAGGGUGAGUCACUCAGGAAGGAAUGCUGGGACCAAUUUCUGUUAGCGUUAGUCUAAAAUGGCUUCUUUUAUACAAGAUAGAGUAUUUCAACCGGUUUAUCAGGAAAUUACAUUAUCUUACAUUAUUUUAAACCUAAUUUACACGUAUGGCAUAAGCUUCGUGCGCAAGGCGAGCGGAUGGAAACAAUUUGCUUGUUCGAAAAAGAAGGAAAACAUUAAAGCUUUCAAGAGUAGAUUAGAAAAGGGGAAUAAUUAAGGCAAAAUGGUCAGAAGGCAUAACCUUGGUUUUAGGGCGUACCUCUUAAUUCCUGACAGAAAAUUGAGCCCUUGGAACAAAGUUGUUGAAUGUAGGGCUAUGUAUUCGCACUUCAUUAAAUCUGUAAUAUUUUUCGCACUAUAACAAAAAGGCGUACCUCGUUUUUAGUUUCGCUGUUUGACCUGUAUCAAAAGUGAUUUGUGAUGUAUUCAUAUUCGACAAUAACAAAUGCUUUCGAUCGAGGCAAACCGUUGAUGACAAAUGCCCCCGCCUUGGAAACACCUUGUACUGAUCUGACUGGACCAUUAAUGAAUUAGAGUAAAAAUAUCCCAGAAAAUAUACAAAAUACUAAAGGUGAAACAAGGUGAAUUAGGUUUUCUUACAGACAUUCCCUGCGUGAAAGGCGCAAAGAUGAUGGCCGUGUUACCAAAAAAAGAAAAAAGAAAAAAAAGUAAAGGAGGAAAAAGACACUAUGGUUAGUCGAAAAAUCUUUAAUUCAUGGUAAAUUGUAAUUUUAAUCUAAAUUUGAAUCAGUGUCAUACUUAUCGGUAAGUCGAAUUUUUAAGAAGACGUCAAUCAAACGCGAUCCCUUCUUUUGUUAUUUAUGCUUUGCGGCACUAUUUAAAAAAUAGCAAAUCCAUUAAACUUUUUAACACUCGUAUUAAGGAGCACCUUUUUGAGGACAGGAACUCCCACAUUUUGAAGCAUCUCAACAGUUCUAAGAAUUGUAAAGAUAAAUGUGGAGUGUCUUGCUUUAAAAUUAUUGACACUGCUUGUUCUUAUUAUCAACUUAUGGUCAAGGAGAACUUUCAUAUUGAACAUCUGAAACCUGAACUUAAGCAAAUUGAGCAUGUAAGUUUAGCAUUACAUUUUUAAAUUACUGUUUACCUUUGUAGUUCGUUUACUUUUCUUUAAUAUUAUUGGCUGAUUCUACUACAUUUAGCAUUACAUUUUAAUUUUUUCACUUACCGUUAUAGUUCGUUUAGUUUUCUUUCCAUAUUAUUGGCUAGCUUUGACAUGUGCAACGAAUUUUGUAUUUAUAAGCAAUCAUUGUUUGGAUAGUUAUAUACACCGAUAUACUUGUACUCCAUUAGUAUUAUACCUUGUAUGGCAGAAGAUGAUGUUUGAAACAUCGAAACAUGUUCCACAAACUUAAAAGUGUCAUUGUGUUUUUAAAAAUUUAAAGACAUUACCCUUGCAUUAAUUCAAGGUAAAAAAAAGUAAAUUAAUAACAGUUUUUCUGGUUAUAUUUGUGUCUAAAAUAACGAGCAUCUCCAACUAUUUUUUCGGCCCUAAAAACAAAAAUAUGCCCAUUGCACGUAAAGAAAACUAUGAUAAACUAUGGGAUGGAGAGAGCCAGGAUUUUUUUAAUGAAAUCAGUCCGGGUACGUGUGAACGAAUUUCAUGCUGCACAUUUAGGAAGGAACAAUUUAAAAACAUUACGCAGAAUGUGUCGACAGGUGUUUGAAUGUUAACUUUUCCCAUUAUUUACCAUUCAAAAUUCCUUCCAAUUAACCAAUUUCUCUUAAUGCAUUAGGCCUGCAAUACUUAACUAAAAACACUCUCAACAUUGUUGUAAACUCUCAAUGUUUGCUCAGUAGAAGAAUAUAUAAGAGACAUCGAGAAUACUUAGUGUCAGAUAAUAUCAGUCUGAUAUCAGUUACCUGAUGUACUUGAGGGACAGCCACGAUGCAUGAACACCAACUGAAGAACUUUGUAUGGAAGCCUUUCCCCAGUCAAGGUAAAACCCUGAUGUUCUUUUUGAUCAUUUCCAAUUUUCAUUUUAUUGUACGGUAAAUUUAUAUAAAUUAAAAUUAUAAGCCAAACAAUCACUGCGACAAGAGAAGAAAGGCAGUCAGAAAAUAUUAUGGCCGUGAAUUUUGCCUUCACUCAAAUUCUAUUUUUUUAAAGUAAUAUCUAGUUCGAAACCGUUAGUACAUAGUGCUAACUACUCGCGCAUUUCUUACAUAUCGCAAAAAAUGUAAGGAAAAAGACUAUUUUGCUCAAAAUUGGCUUGAAUGUCACUAGUUAUAACCUUAAGCAAACUUCGUAUGAAGACUUUCUAGAUAACCACGAGUGAUCGCCACUCGAGAUACUGGGAUUUUGGAAAUGGGUCAGGUAAAAUGGGUUCGAUAAUAAAGGUUAUGGGUUCAUUAAAAGCGGUAUUCAAAGCACUCCUUUUUAACCACUCAAAAUGGAAUUCCCACGCUCUUCUUUUUUUCCCCAGGUUAGAAUCAUGGUUGCGCAAAACUCCAGCCAGUUUGCCUACGAAGCGUGCCUGAUUGCUGAUCUUCCAAGUGAUGUUCAACACCACAUCCUUAACAUUGGCAACUACGUUUUCCGUCCUCUGAAUUUUAGUCUGGCUUUUUUUUCAUUUGUUUUUAAUACGCUUGUUAUUAUAGCUGUGGCAAGAACAAAAUCUCUUCGAUAUCCUGCGAUGCUUAUGAUGUGCAGUUUGGCAGUGACUGACGUAAUAUUUUCUCUGUUUUCUAUGUACAGAUACAUAGAAAUAUUCACACACGAACACAUGUGUCAAACAUCUCACCCGUUCCAGUCCGCCUUUAGUAUUUUUUGUAGCCAUGCAACGCUCGGUAACCUAGCAGUUAUCAGUAGAGAUCGCUAUUUGGCAGUCCGAAGGCCGUUGUGGUAUCGUAAUCACGUGAAGAAUCAGCGUGCUUUUAAGGCAGUAUGUGUACCCUGGUUGACCAGUGUGAUAACUGUAUUUGCAAUUCACUUUUCUCCAAGUUUGGGAGGUGUUUAUAGAUCUAUUGGAGCUAUUCUGAGUGUAGUUCUUUUUGUUGUUUAUGCAAUUGUCAUAAUAUUCUGUUACCUUAGCAUUUAUUUUCGAAAAACUGUUGAAGUAGGAAAUCCAAAUGACUCCCUUUUGAAAAGGGAAAAGAGAUUAGCUAACACAGUUGCUUGGAUCCUUUUGAAUUUUGUAUUGACCUAUUUCCCUUCGUUUCUUUUCCCAGCAGUUUUAUUCAUAAAAGGAUUCAAGAAUUUUCUGCCUUUUCGACCUUAUUACCUGAUUUUUUUUCAGUUAAAUGGAGUUUUAAAUCCUUUGUUGAACUUCGGUCGUUCUAAAAAGAUACGCAAAGCUGUAAGAGAUUUGUUUAAAUGCCUUCCGCAAGUACAGCCGGGAUCAUAUGUCAAUAAUAAUAACAACAACGGCGCCAGAAAGCCAUAAUAUUUUCCACACAACUGAGCAACCACCGAAAUAUCCUCACAAAAGCAGGAACAGCACCGACGCAGCAAUAAUAAUGGGACAGUGAUUCUAUCAACUUUUACACCCGGUGGGUGGAAUCCCGUAUAAAAGUGACGGGGAUAUUCGACGGAAAAUUACAUAUCACGACUGUAAAUAAAUACGCCAUGUAAACUUACCACUUACAGCCACCUCGGUCAAACUAAGAUAACUUCCGUGCGCGCACACCAGUUGAUGAGCGAUUUAAUGUCAACACUUUUAAAAGUACUAUUCGUUAAAUAAAUAGCUCUGUUAAUCAAUAAAAGUAUUGGGUUUGAGCCAUUUUUUGCUAUGUAACUAUUAAAAAGGGCAAGUUCAGUGUCUUUAUGAUCUUACGCAUCCGCAACCACCCUAUUUCGACAACGUGCCGUUAAAUUUUUGGCGGAGGAAGUUUUCGUGAAUAAUAGACAAUUAAAAAAAAAUGCAAAUUAAAAAAAAAAAACAUGGCCAUCAAUACUCAGUAAGUUUGGCGGCCAUAGAUUGAACAGUGGAAAGCGUAUUUGCCAAUGUUAAGUAUCUGCUGUUGAGCAUCACUUGAAAGAUCAGCAAUCAGGCACGCUUCGUAGGCAAACUGGUUGGAGUUUUGCGCAACCAUGAUUCUAACCUGGAGGAAAAAAAAAGAGCGUAGGAAUUCCAUUCUGAGUGGUUAAAAAUGAGGGCGUUGAAUGCCGCUUCAGUUUAAUGAACCCAUAACCUUUAUUAUCGAACCCUUUUUACCUGACCCAUUUACAAAAUUCCAGUAUCUCGAGUGGCGAUCACUCGUGGUUAUCUAGAAAGUUCAGUUUUCAUACGAUGUUUGCUUAAGGUUAUAACUAGUAACAUUCAAGUUAAUUUUGAGCAAAAUCAAAAUUGAGUCUUUUUUCUUACCUUUUUUGCGAUAUGUAGGAAAUGCGCGAGUAGCACUAUGUACUGACGGACUCGAUCUAGAUAUUACUUUGAAAAAAGUAGAAUUUGAGUGAAGGCGAAAUUCACGGCUAAGAGAUUUUCAGACAGCCUUUCUUUUCUCGUGGCAGUGAUUGUUUGGCUUAUAAUAUUUAUUUAUAUAAAUUUACCUUACACUAAAACGAGAAUUUCAAAUUAUUAAAAAGGACAUCAGGCUUUUACCUUCAGUUGACUGGGGAGAGGUUUCCUCAUAAAGUUCUUCAGUUAGUGUUCAUGCGUCGUGGCUGUCCAUCAAGUAACUGAUAUUAGAUUGAUAUUAUCUGAUACUAUGCAUCUUGAUGUCUCUUAUAUAAUCUUCUACAAAGUAAACAUUUAGAGUUAGCAACAAUGUUGAGAGUGUUUUUAGUUAAGUAUUGCUGGACUGAUGCUUUAAGAGAAAUUGGCAUGGUUAAUUGGCCGGAAGGUAAUCAGAAUGGAAAAUAAUGAGAAAAGUUAACAUUCAAACACCUGUCGACACAUUCGGUGUUAUUAUUGAAAAUUAUUCCUUCCUAAAUGUGCAUGCAGCAUGAAAUUUGUUCACACGUAUCUGAACUGCUUUCACGAAAAAGUCCUGGCUCUCUCUAUGUCGUAGUUUAUCAUCACAAAAAUCAAGUUUUCUUUGCGUGCAAUGGGCAUAUUCUUGUUUUUAGGGAUGUAAAAGAGUUGGAGAUGCUCGUUGUUGCGACACAAUUAGCACCAGAAAAACUUUCAUUUACAUUUAUUUUUACCUUGAAUUAAUUGGCUGUCUUCCGCAUUUCAUUCAAGCGUAAUUUCUUUAAAGAUUUUAGUGUAAUUUCUAUUUUUUAAAUAGUGCUGCAAAGCAUAAAUAAAGAAAAGGGGAACGCGUUUGAUUGGCAUCUUCUUAAAAAUCUGACUUACCGAUAAAUAUAAUACCCAUUCAAAUUUAGAUUAAAAUUACAGUUUACCAUGAAUUAAAGAUUAAUUUUUUCGUCUCAAUAUAAUGCCUUUUUCCUUCUUUUUUUUUGGUGACACGGCCAUUAUCUUUGCGCCCUUGACGCAAGGAAUGGCUGUAGGAAAACCUAAUUCGCCUUGUUUCACCUUGAGUACUUUGUAUAUUUUUUGGGAUAUUUUUACUGUAAUUCAUUAAUGGUCCAGUCAAAUCAGUUCAAAAGUUUCCAAGGUGGGGCAUUUGCCAUCAACGGUCUGCUUCCAUCGAAAGCAUUUGUUAUUGUCGAAUAAGAAUACAUCACAAGUCACAAUUGAUACAGGUCAAACAGAGAAACUAAAAACGAGGUAAUGCGAAAAAUACUACAGAUUUAAUGAAGUGCGAAUACAUAGCCCUGCAUUCAACAACUUUGUUCCAAGGGCUCAAUUUUCUGUCAGGAAUUAAGAGGUACGCCCUAAAACCAAGGUUAUGCCUUCUGACCAUUCUGCCUUAAUUAUUCCCCUUUUCUAAUCUACUCUUGAAAGCUUUAAUGUUUUCCUUUUUUUUUCGAACAAGUAAAUUGUUUCCAUCUGCUCGCCUUACAUACGUAGCUUAUGCCCUAUGUGUAAAUUAGGUUUCAGAUAAUGUAAGUCCUGAUAAACCGGUUGAACUAGUUUAUGUCGUAUAAAAAAAACCCUGUUUUUGGCUAACGCUAGUUGAAAUUGGUCCAGAGUGACUGAAACUUAUAAAUUAAAAGAGGGAUUUUUGUUUGUUCAAUCCUAUCUAACUUUCAUCGAGUUACCACGGCGUGCGAAUGGUAAUUAAAGAGCAGCUCUUAGCAACACGGAGUAAACAGUGAGCACUUUUGAGCAGCUCAGCGCAGCUCCAAGGAACCCAUACCUCAGAUAUAAGUAACUAGGACCAUUCUUGUUUGUGUGCUUUUUCCCGUUAACCUCCAUGAAGUUUUCAGUGAGUUGUUUGAGCUGUUUUUUCUUGUAAGCGAUCAUCGCGUUUUGAACUUGCUUUUUUAUGGUGAACAAAUACACUGUUUCAGCCACUCGUUAUAAGUAUUCAGAAUUGAAUUUCAAAUGAACACAUUUAGUGGCCUCAUUGGCUCGGUUCAACCUUGACGUGCACUUUGAACAUUUUCCUUGGAUCAGGGCUUUGUUUAUAUUUUGAUCUAGUAGGCUUUGUAUGUUAUAACGUUUGCAUUUUUGUAAAUUGCGCCUUUUCAUUUACGGGUUCUGAAAGGGCAAAAGAGCUCUUGGAACUAUAUUAUGUGAUGCAAAAGACGAAGGAGACUAUACCGUUAUUCGUAUAGCCAUAUAUAUAAUUACGAUUGUGUCUACUAUAUUUCUUUCAUUCUAGUAAGUUCUAGUAUUUAUCUAAGAAGCUAAGAAUUACAAUUUUCGACUUGAUUUUUUGGUUAACUGAAAAAAAACACGUCAUCAUUUAUAUUUUAGAGUAAUUACAGCUUUGGUUUAAAUCAAAAGCUACCGAUUUAGAUAUCAGAAAUGAAAUGGGCAAAUACUUAAAUCACCUUCAGUAUGCUGCGAGGGUAAUUCUAAUUUCAUCUCCUGGUGAUGAAACUCUUAGUGUACUAAUAAUUCUUCAUAACUAUUCAUUUUCCACAAAUAUCUGCCAAUAAAAAUUUCUUUUUGUGGAAAGUAUUUCUUAAGACCUGAAAUUGAGCACUGCGAAUUCUCAAGAGAUUUGAAAAGCGCUAACAGAUCCAGGCGCGGAUCUAGGAUAAAUACUGACCGUUUUCCAAAACGAGCGUCGAAGGUGUAAGCUCCUAGGGGGGGUCCGAGGCAUGCACCCCGGUGAAUUUUUUUUUUUUUUUACCCCCUAAAGUCACCUGAGUCAUUCAGUCAGGAUAUUGGCCAGAUUUUACCUUGGAAAGUUUUUUUUUUCAUGAAAAAUUUAUUUACCUGUGAAAACUCUGACCGAUUUUCGUAAAACGGUGGAAACCGGUGUGGAUCCGCGCCUGAGAUCUUACAUGUUUUUGAGAUCAUCGAUUUAAGUUUACUGAGUUGAACUGCAUAUGAAAUCAAUGCGCCGUACGAAAAAAGAUGGCGGCUGUACAAUUUUACCACAAUUCCUUUCGAACCUAACACGGCCAAUUACACAUAAAGUCAUAUAUAUAUAUAUUCUUUUUUUUGUGUGUGGCGGGGUCGAAAUUCGUCCCUGUAAUAUCAACAUUGCCUAUCUUAGGUUUGAAGUUUAUAAAACUUUUCUGUGCGUUUUUAUGAGCAAUUUUAUGGUUUUCAUGCGCUAAGAACUGUGGGUAAAUGUACCAGUCGCCAUCUUUUUUAGGUACGGUGGAUUGCAUAUAUCGGCCCUUUUGGCGGGUAACUUUCAUUUCAUGCCUUGGGUGGUCUUUUUCAUGUUGACCUUGCAAACCUUCCUUGUAUACAGCUGUUUCGAGAAAGGUUGUCGGAAAAACUGUACGCGACAAUCCUGAAAGGCAUUGUAGGUGGUUUUCAGUUCACUGUUCUUCAGAGAAAUUUAAAAGAAUUGGCACGAAAGGCCAUGAAAAUGUGUUUGCGAGUGCUAACGGAAAGGAACAAAGUAGGUUCGACAGCUACAGUCGUCAGGAACAGUAUAUCGAUCAUAUCCCAUAUUACCUUUCGGGAUUGUCGCGUGCACAUUUUUUCCGACAACUUUUCUCGAAAUAGCUGUAUGUAAAAGCAUUAUUCAAAAUCGACAUUAAACCUCAUCAUUAAAAGAAUCAGACGCCUACGUUAUUGUCUUCACCCCCUCAGGUAAGAACAAUUUGCAACUCGUUAUUAUUUUUAACCUCCUACGACAAAGUCUUAAUUGUUUUUCUUUUAUGUACCUACAUGCCCUGCAUCUCAUUAUCCCCCAAAGUGGUUUGUCCCAUCCCAAAGCAGGUUUAUCCGAGAAACUAGUUCCAAAAUCGGUUUGCCCAAGCAGAUCUCAGCCCAUAAAUUAAAGUAGCCCAAGCAUCCGUCAUAGACUACUCCUAAUCGACGAUUUGGAGCUUGUACAUUAGGAUAAGCAAAGAUUCGCCAUCAACAUUUCCCGAAUUUUUCAAAGUAACAAGCAGUUUAGCAUGUUAUGUUUUCGUGCUCGCGUGGUCAGGUUACACUGAUUUAACAUCAGAACGGAACCUCAUUUGACGACGGGAAAGCUCGCGAAAGCACUUCCGGUGCUCAAUUUGCCGCUCUGCCACUGGUAAAGCCAGUUGUAUGAUUUGCGCGCACCAUCGUCAACUGACGUUCUCGUUCUUUGCUAAAUCAGCCUAACUGUCAUUUCGGACUUUUGAAAAUAUGUUUCAUGUUGUAUCGUAAUAGACUUAAUCUGACGCCUUUCUAUUGCAGCUUAUAUAUAUUUGUUAGUGUAAAGUGGUAAGGAGGUUUCACUGCAUUGUUCAUUCCCUUUAAUCAACCCCGUUAUAACACACUGAGGGGGCCAAAGUGUCCGUAUCAAUGGGGUGUCUGUAUUAGGCGGGUUGGAUUUAAAGAAAAUGUAAAGGCUUCUUUCCCCAGGGACUAAGCAAACUGUCCGUAAUAAUGAGAUGUCCGUAUCCUAUUAGGAGGGUGACCAAAAAGCGGGGUUUGACUAUAGUUUUAGUGAUUUCUCCAUCACUGCUUUUUUAGUGCCACACCUGGGAUGUCUCGUCGCUGUCAUGGAAAACCGAAGGCGUUAGUACGACCCUCAUUCCAGACAAUGGUAAAGGAGGUGUUUCUGUGGACUGUAAAGCAUCUUCACUGGGAUUCAUGACAGUAUUUGCUGUUAAUUCCUCCGUCAUGCCUGCUACUCAAACCACUCAAUCUGCCUCUUCUGAAAUACCCACACCGGCGGACGACGAAGCUGUUCAUAUCCAGAUUAAGCUUAUUGCUCAAUACGGAGCACACAUCACUACCGAGUCAAGUAAACAAGCAUUAAUCGUCAUUGUAGUACAGGCUCUUGCUGACACGAUGGACGUCAACGCAUCUCGUUUAAGAAACGUCGAUGUUCGACCAGGAAGCAUUUUGGUCUCUUUCACGUUGAUACCGGGAGGACCUGGAGAGAGUGAUGUCACCACAGCCGCUUCAGCGCUAAGGCAGCUGGUCGCCAAUGGAAACUUCUCAGUGACUUUGGCAGACGGACGGACUUUGUUUGCAGAUGCGACUUCCUUCCAGUCCUCCUCGACUCCAUUCACCACUCCUUCUCAGGCCUCUAUACCCGCCACAGAUCACGUUCUGUCCGAGACCUCCUCGGAAUUCAAAAUGGGGGUGUUUGUUGCAAUUGUCUUGGGUUCGCUUGUGGGCCUGGCAAUCUUGGCCACUGGGGUCAUUUUAUUCCUCAAAAAGCGAAACAAAGUCUCUAAAGUUGGCGGCUCUGAAGAAGAUCUGCAUAAACCAGUCUUCUCUUUGCAAGCAUCCGGUAAUUAUGCCAGUUUUAAAGAUGUGCCUGUGUUGAUAUUGUACGAAAAUUAUAUCUACUGCUUCAAUUUGAAAUUUGCUACUUUAGAAACAAGCUCGGGUCUUGCAACGUAUAAGUAAAUCAACCUGUUCUUACUGGUAAAAGGUUUUUUCGUAUGGCACCAGUUGAGACAGAUCUUUGCCCCAAAGGAUUCAUCUUAAUUUGCAAGUACUACACUGUCAUUUGUGAAAAUCUGAGAUCUCGCUGAAUUUUUAAGUUUGAUCAAUUUCUAUCUUUCUGUCCUGCAAGUUAGAAUUCUACCGUAAAUCAAAGAUGUAUGCAGUCAUUUUAAUCACAAUACCAUAGGCCAUUUGUACAAGGGCGUCGUUUUUACCCAAGACUACGACCAGAAUCCUUCACGGUUUUUUUUUCUUGUGCAAAUUAGGGCUUUUGUUACUUAAACCUCGCUGGGAUUAAAGUGACCAAUAAGGCGUCAUCGUGCAAAUGACCUAUUAGUCCCCUUUUACUAGACGGAAAUUUUUCAGAUUUAGCGCUUGUGGUAAGUUUUCACAAUUUUUAUUUUUCAGAUUUCAUUUUGAUUACUAAAAUGAGAGGCGACUCUGCCUUCAUUGUUCGUCCUGAAAACAUAACUUUACGUCCAAAGGACGGUUUCAAUUACUUUUCUCUUUUCUCUAAGUUAAAUACUCUGCACAAGAGUCAAAGAAAAAUUAAAUAUUUAUUGACUGUCGGUCUGUUUAAGGUCACGAGAACAAAGAUGUUCAAAAAGAAAUACGGAAAGGUAUGUACUAGACCUUUUUUAUAUUAUUUUGAUUCAUGGCACAACACACUGUUCAUUCCAUCAUAUGGUCACUGUGGUAGCCUGCGUUACAGGCGAAACUAAACUCUGGUUAAGUCCGUCUGCGAAACAGCGAGAAGUCCUUGUUCUGGCCUCCCGGCUGUGUACCAGGAUUUGAGUAUGCGCCAUGACUGGCCAGCUAAAAAAGCCUUUGUAGAUUUGCCAAUCAAGAUGAAAGGAAAUUCGAAACACACUUCCGGUAAUUCGCUCACUCCGUUUGGUGCCCAGAACAAGAAUAUCAGCGCUGCUUCGCAGACGUUACUAACCAAGGUUAAAUUACAUCUACGAAGAAGGCUAUCAGAAUGGGUGUUUUUCCUUUUUUCUUCGUUUUUUCUUUACUGUUGUUAAUUUUUCUUUAUUUUAUUUUUCAUUUUCAUUUUAUUAUUUUUUAAAUUUUUUAUAACUUACAGCUCGCGUCGUUAGCAGGCAGUAGGUGUCCCUGAUAUAAACUUGGGAAUUUAUUGUGGGCAUUAGUGGCUUAUAUGUUACGUUCGCAACAAUACGGGCAAUACACUGGCAAUAAUAAUGGGUUAUACAUAACAGUAUGGACUUAAAGAUUUGCGACGGAGAGUAGCUUCAAUAAGAUCAAUUCACUUCCGGUGACGUCGCCACCUGAGCUGCAGUACGGCUUUCCCUCCGGCCGUAGCUUGUGCAAUAUCUUGUACACGCCCAUUAACAUUGGUAAAGCGACGCCUGGUUAGCUCAGUUGGGAGAGCGCCGGUCUGCUGAGCUGGAGGUCGGUUGUUCAUACCCCGGCCGAACCAAUACUCAGCGUCUUUAAAUAACUGAGAAGAAAGGGCUGCCUUUGUAAUGACAUCUGCAAGCGGUUAGACUUUCUAGUCUCAGAUAAGGACAAAAAAUCGUAGGUCCCGUCGCACAGAACUUUCACUUAUCUGGUCCUUUUGGGACGUAAAAGAACCCAUACCACUGUUCGAAGAGAGUAGGAGACGUAGACCCUGGAAAUGUGGCCAACUUUGGGGUGAGAGAUGUUAAUAUAGGGAUAAACUCAUAAUCCUCCUCAGGUGUCUUAAACACCUGUAAAGAGUGUAUGAAUGUAUGAAUGUGAAUUUUAUCAUCGGUUGAGAAAAACCACAAGCGCGUCGAUACAACCGCAUAAGGAGAGUUAACGGUAAGUUGAAAUACUCCUAGUCGCUUAUGCUAAAGUUAGAGACCGAUGUAAGUGACAGCAUGCCGAUCCACGUAUUUGCCCUUUAUUUAAUGCGUAGUUGCCUCUCAUGCUGAGAUAAUUUUGCUAACGAGUUGUUUAAAAAAAUGUUUCUACAGAGGAACGCAGGGGCAGUGAAUACCCAAUGGCUGAUCUCCGCAGAGAAGGUAGGCUAUAAUUUCUGACUCUAAAUGAUAUUCCCGGUUUUAUACUACUACAAGAAAAAUUUCUGCAAUUUGAUUGGCUUAGAGCAGUGAUAUUUCAUCUUAAUUUGAAAUACAGAUAAAAUUACCCAUUUGAAAACAGACAAACAUUGGUGGUUGGUACGUGUCAACUCCCUCGUGAUAUCUCGCAAUUGUCGUACAGAGUCUUUUGAAAUUCUUGAAAAAGCAUUGAAAAGUUUAUUACCUAUACAAUUUUUCCAAAAGACCUGAAAAAACCCCUGGAAAAUUUGAGAUAAAACUCCCUCUACAUCUGGGGUCGUAAAAUGAGUUUAUUUUCAUAGCUGCAACAAGUGGUUAUAAGUGAAAUUUUGUUUCGUUUUGGUCAAAUCUUACCCAAUCUCGCCCGUACAUUUGCAGUAUAUCGUGAUUAAAAGCUUUGUUCCUGUUAUUUUUCAAUGUUCGACUUGUCUUUUUGCUGUUCUUGCCAUGUUUUUAGCUAUUAUUUCGCCUUGUUCUUACUCUUGAAACUAGUGAAAUGUCCGCGAUUUUUGUUUUCACAACCAAAACAACUCAACCUCGUCCCCAGGUCUUCUCGGUUAACGAUGUAUUAACCAGCAAGGAAGCUGCACUUUUCACGUCAUCGGUUGCAAAAAAUUUUCAAAUUUGGUCAUCAGUGCCUGGUUAUGGUGAAUUAUGCGUGUGCUUUUAGCCAAUCAGAAUCGCCUCGGGGAAAAAAUUUGAAUGAAUAAUAACUGAUAUUAAUCCACCUUAAAUAAACUGCUAAAGCCGGUUUAAAAAGAUAUCUAGCCCAAACGUACGCUAAACUAAGAGCCUGAGAAAGCAGCCGACAUUUCGGAAGGUCACUACUGGUUUCCGUGCGAAAUGACGUUCUGAGGAACGACAAUAGACUGAAAUUCCAUACUGAAGACAUGUCACUACCUAGGUAAUGCUUCUGAUUGGUGAAAACAAAUUCCUCCGCGGCACGACCACUCAGCUUCAACGUUUCUACUUUUCUCAGACGUCAUCUCGCAGGGACAUUAAACCGGUGGUGGCCUCCCGAAAUGUCGGCUGUUUUCUACCGAAAUAAAAGAAAUUUUUUAAAUGAAGUAACCUUGUGCUUCUUUUUUUCUGCCUACAUGAAGCUGAUACACCGCUGCCUGGAACUCCAAUUUAUUCCUAAAGUUUUGAGGUGACUGUGCAGUAUCACUUGUUCGCUGAACAAGCUGAAGAUUUUUUUUAACAUUUCAGACAUUUGCACUCAACGUUUAGAUAAAGAUUAAAUAUCAAUACUUAAAAUUAAAUUGAAGUUAUCAUUGACACAGAACGCAGAGGAGUCUUAUUUGAGUGUAAGUCAACUGUCCUACUUGGGGAAAGUUGUUAACCCUUACCGGGCGUUCGGAUAGAGAAGCGAAGUGCGAACGAGGAAAAGAAACGGAAGGGAGAAACAGAGAGGAGAAAAUCGAAUCAUUCCCUCUGUUUCUUCGCUAUUCUAUUUUUCCUGGAACAGGCUAUGAACUCGUCGUUUCAGUGUCUGUACACAGCAAUACAGUUGCCUCAGUUCCAUGUGGUAGUUUCGAAUUAUUUAAAUUCAUACAGUACUUGACUUCGAGACUGAGGGGUAUAAAAUAUGAGAAAUCGCAUUUUGAUUUAUGGAUGAAUAGUUCAUUUCAUUUCUUCUGUUCUCAUCAUUCUUAAAGUCAACAAUUAGUAUGCUGUUAAUUCGAAACUGGUCAAUUGGAUUAGUUGAUCCUUAAUCUGGUCAAAAUCUCUGAAGGUAAAGAUCGGUUUGUGCUUCAAGUUCAUGGCGAAUCUAAUCAGAAUGUAACGAUCAAAUAAUAUUUCUCUGCACUCUGUGACACAGUUAAGGUACUAAAUAUUCGGCGUUAGGUUUUUUGUAGCUUGAUAACGUUUGUAUCUGAAGUUUAAAUAAACUUAAAGGCAAUAAGCAGUAAAAUUCACCAGUCAUUCGUUUCAUUCUUAUUACAGUGCAAACGACAAUUUUACCACGCGCACGUAUUUAGGGUUACAGGUGUAACGCCAUAAGCUGCACAAAUCUGUUUGUACUUGCGUUUAUUUAUAACUGACGUUUUACUACCCUCACGGUCGUGAUAUCUAAGAUAUUAAAAAAAACACAUGCAUUCGCUUGCAUGGCCAUUUUUCCUUGCUUAUCUUCGGCGGGUGAAUGAGACUCAUUCUUACCGCUCGAAAACUUAUUUGAAUAUCCACCAAAGUGGGGUAACCUCUCCAAGGGGAGGACGCGAGAGGGACUCCUAGAAAGAUUUUCUUCAACGAACUGAAAUUCGGUGAAUAUAUAAAAUGGUAGGGGACUCUUGUUUGCUAGAGUUUCGUUAGAGAAGUACUUAUUCGUGGAGGAGCUUAUCAAACUGUAAAUGGGCGCAAGGAAGGCUCAAGGUUUCCGCGACGUCAUCUUGAACCCGUGACGAGCGUAGUUAAGAUACGCGGUUGCAAGAUGGAAUCAUUUGACUGUAACUUUCAGAAUCAAAUCCAUUUUCGCGUCUUUGUCAAAUUCAAUAAUCCUAGUGCAGUGUCCAGGAAACAAAAAAUGGAUUUCAUUCUCUCUGGUAGUUAUAAAUAAAUGGCUCCAUUGUGAAAAAAUAAAACAAAAACAAACACGUUAUCAAUCUAGAGUCGAAAUUAAAAUAAAAGCUUGUUAAUUGCACCCUCUAUGUUAAAUAUUCUUUUAAUAUAACGUUUUUGCGUGAUAUCAAUAAAACCGGUAGGAAAGGAAACAGGUUAAACUAAUAGUAUUUAGGCAGG